UCAUGCCCCCCGGAAGUAGAGGUGCAGGAAGCACGUGGUUGUAUGGGAUUGAGGUGUCCAUGUAACGUAGAGUGUCGGACCGGUGGUUAUAGCUUGUAGAGUUCUCUUUUAACAUGAAGUCCGAAGUCUCGUUGCUGGCGCUGAUUCACCAGCAUCUCCUGCAGGCUGGGUUCAGCAAGGCAGCCAGGGAGCUGCAGGCACAGAGUGGGGAGGUAAAAUACACUGUAUAGAAAACAUGCAUGACUACACCUCCAUAUAGGUUCCCAUGUGCGAUGAAGGAGUGGACACACAGUUUUAGUGGAGGGUUCUGCAGACCAGUCGAACACAGUAGAUGCUGUUACUGUCACUGUAUUCCCAACUUACGUAGAAAAGCAGUGUGCAUAUUGAAUGGCAAUGGCCCAUUAAUUUGUAGACAGGUUAACUCCCACAAUUCCUUUUUUUUUUUUUUUUUUAACAUUGCAUUCAUUGUGUUUUACUAAGGCGUUGUAACAUUCUACAAGUAAAAGGCUUGGUGAUGCAUUCCCCUUUUAAAAUAUGUGAACGGUUUAGUUUUAAAGAAACAGGAGGUGGUGAGUGUCCAGAUGAAUUUACAGAGCUCACUUCUUUAUCAUGCGUUCCCCUUUAAGGGGAAAUAUAUAUUAAUAUUUAUAGGAACAACAACCUUUUAAAGUGCAAUUAUCACGAAAUUUGAUUUUUUUUUUGCAAAUAAAUAAAUAUGUAUAUGUAAAGCAAGAGGGCUGCACUCGCCUGAACAUGCACACUUGUUAGGGUGCCACUACAUGACAUACAUACACAUAUAUAUACAUACACAAUCUAACACACUCAUUCACUAAACAGCAAUUUCAGCUCUCACAGAAUGUAAUUUUAUUUAAAAACACCUCAUCUAGGCAAAAAACAUUGGGGAGUACAGUAUAUGAUUGCACAAGCCUGCCACAACUCCAAUGUAUCCCAUUUUUGGCAGGUCCUACUCUAGUAACUUGAUGCUGGCUCUUAUAAGAUUAAUCAACAUACUUGGAAAAUGCUUCCUCCUGGGACUUUUUGCAGGCAUUAGAUUGUUGGAGUAGGACCUGCCAAGAAUGGGGUACAUUAAAGGACCAAUAUAGGCACCCAGACCACUUCAGCUUACAGAAGUGGUCUGGGUGCCAGGUCCCGCUAGGAUUAACCCUUUCUGCUGUAAACAUAGCAGUUUCAGAGAAACUGUUUACAGAUGGGUUAAUCCAGCCUCUAGUGGCUGUCUCAUUGAUUUUCACAGUGAGAAGACGCUGCCGUCCAUAGGAAAGCAUUGAGAAAGCUUUUCUAUGAGACUGGCUAAAUGCGCCCGCGGCUAUUGCCGCACAUGCGCAUUCAGCCGAUGACGGCAGAAGAAGGAGAUUCCCAAGUCGAGGGAGCCCAGCGCUGGAAAAAGGUAAGAUUUUAACCCCUUCCUCACCCUAGAGCCCGAGUAUGUUUUCCUGGCACUAUAGUGGUCCUUUAACAAUGUGGCAGGCUUAUGCAAUGUAUGGUCAUAUACUGUAACUAACCCCGCCCUCCUCCCCCAUUAUUUUUGCCUAGAUGAUGUGUUUUGAAAUAAAAUUACAUUCUGAGACUUGAAAUUACUGUUUAAUGAAUGAGUGUGUGUGUUAGAUUUUCUGUGUGUGUACAUAUGUAUGUCAUGUUGAAAAGAGAGUACACCCUCUUUGAAUCCUGUUGUUUUCCAUUUUAGAACAUAAAAAUCAUUAGUUCCUUAGCAGGUUUUAAAAUUGGGUAAAUACAACCUCUGAUGAACAACAACACAUGACAUGUUACACAGUGUCAUGAUUUAUUUAGCAAAACUAAGAUGAACAAGAGCCAAGAAGGAGAAGAAAUGUGCGAUAUACGAAGUACACCUUAUGAUUCAGGAGCUUGUAGAACCACCUUUAGCAGCAAUAACUUAAAGUAAUAGUUUUCUGUAUGACUUUAUCAGUCUCUCACAUCGUUGUGGGUGAAUUUUGUUCCACUUUUUACAAGAUUGCUUCAGUUCAUUGAGGUUUGCUGGUAUUUGUUUAUGCACAGCUCUCUUAAGGUCCCAUCACCAUUUCAAUUUGCUUUAAAGGACCACUCUAGGCACCCAGACCACUUCAGCUUAAUGAAGUGGUCUGGGUGCCAGGUCCUUCUAGGGUUAACCCAUUUUUUCAUAAUUAUAGCGGUUUCAGAGAAACUGCUAUAAUUAUGAAUGGGUUAAGCCUUCCCCCAAAGCCUCUAGUGGCUGUCUCAUUGACAGCCACUAGAGGCGCUUGCGUGCUUCUCACUGUGAUUUUCACGGUGAGAGCACGCCAGCGUCCAUAGGAAAGCAUUGUAAAUGCUUUCCUAUGAGACCGGCUGAAUGCGCGCGCAGCUCUUGCCGCGCGUGCGCAUUCAGCCGGCGGGGCGUAACGGAGGCGGAGAGGAGGAGGAGAGCUCUCCGCCCAGCGCUGGAAAAAGGUAAGUUUUUACCCCUUUCCCCCUUCCAGAGCCGGGCAGGAGGGGGACCCUGAGGGUGGGGGCACCCUCAGGGCACUAUAGUGCCAGGAAAACGAGUAUGUUUUCCUGGCACUAUAGUGGUCCUUUAAGUCUUGAAUUUGUCUGGGCCAUUAAAACUCCUUGAUUCUUUUCCUUUUUUUUUCCAGCCAUUUGUUGUAGAUUUGCAGCUUAAUGUAGUGGUUCUGGUGUCUAUAUCCUGCCCCUACAUCCUUUUCAAUGUCAACACUGCCUAGUAACACCUCUAGCGACAGUCGUUCAGAUGACCAUCAUAGGUGAUAUUCCUAGUCCAGUGCUGCACAGUGUGCAGCAUCUACAUUCAAUGUCUCCACACUCUGCAUUGAGGCGCUAAAUGUUCUCCAUAGAGACACUGGCACAGGCUGACACAUUGUGCGCACAGACUCUAGACGCUCACUUGCAGGUAGACACACACUUGUGCACACACACAGGUAGACGUGAUCGCAUUAACAUUAACACACAUUUUCUUAUUAACUUACUACUGUUUUUUUUAAAUUUAAGUCCACCCAGCCUCCCUACCUUUGGGAGAGCUGGAGUGGAUAACAUCCUUUGUAUUGCUGUAAUCUUCAAAUCAUUCUAGCUCUUCCCCCUCGUGUGCUGUUUAGUGAUGCUGUGGUCAGAGUGCCAUCAUAUUCAGUCACCCGGCAUCACUGCAGAACGCACAAGGGAGCAGAGCAAAAGCUACAGGAAGUUUUUUUGUUUUUUUCUCCCCCGAGCCGCCGACCUGCCUCCAUGCUCUCUCGGAGCCGCCAGAAGUGCUUUCUUUUGGGGUGUGGAUUGGUCCUUUGAUUCCUAUGAAAGUAGUAAGAGUUUUUUCACACAUGGUUACUCCAUUUCGACUUUAGUUUUGCUAAAUUAUGACACUGUGUAAAAUGUCAUGUUUUUCAUCUGAGGUUGUAUUUACCUUUUUUAAUACCUGGUAAGGAACAGAUGAUUAUUUCCUGAUAUAUAAAAGCAUAGAAUUCAGAUAAGGUGUACUUUCUUUUUCUCAUAACUGUAGAUACUCAAACAGCACAGGAGAAUUUAUUUUGCUUCUGUUUGCUCCAUGGAGCUAAUGUCCACCUUCCUAUACCCUUUCUUUGUGAACAGUACUACCGCUUAUUGAGAAGCAUUGGAAAUCUGCAAUUGUGAGGGUGCUCACAGCUCCAUCAGAGAGACCUCUCUGGUCAAUUCCCUGGCACAAACUUUUGUUAGCUGUUUUUUCACGUGCCCUCAAAGAUAACAUGCAGAAAAAAUAUUCAUGUUUUCUUUUGGAGUAAAUCUUUAAAAUGGUCAGAAGUACAAAACAAUGGAAUCUUCUUCUUUUAAUCCUUCUUACUUUAUGCGGCAUGAGUACAAAAACUAGGACAAGACCUUUUAAUCUGGAGAGAGUCUGAAUAUUGCGCACAAGCACGACCAUCUGCUCAGCAGAUUGAUGUGCAUAGCCUGGUCCACAAAAAUGUAAACAGGGGAUGUAUUUACAUGGUAGCAUGUGCAUUAUGACUGCUUUUUUUAUGCAGACCUACUCAUCAUGAUGAUUUAAAAUUUAUCUGAGGCUAAUCCACUACAGAACACUCAUUGGCUGACACUCUGAGCCAAUAAACCAGCCCUGCUCUGCAUGGCCCAACUUGCGAGAGCCUGUGACGAGGAAAGCUGCCAGUCACCACAUAGAAAUAUAGAAUGUGACGGCAGAUUAGUCAUUCGACCCAUCUAGGCUGACCAAUUUUCUUAAUACUUUAAUUAGUCUCUUAAAUCUAGGAUAGACUUAUGCCUAUCUCAUGCAUGCUUAAAUGUUCUCACUGUUAACCUCUACCACCUCAGCUGGAAGGCUAUUCCAUGCAUCCACUACCCUCUCAGUAAAGUAUUACUUCCUGAUAUUAUUUUUAAACCUUUGCCCUCUAAUUUAAGACUGUCCUCUUGUUGUGGUAGUUUGUCUUUUAAAUAUACUCUCCUCCUUAACUUUAUAUUUAUGUUUCUAUCGUAUCAUAUUCUCUGGAAGUGCAAUGAUUUACAUUGCAGGACUAAAGGGUACUUGGAUAUUGCACCCAAACCACUUCAGAGAGCUAAAGUGGUCUGUGGGCCUAUUGUGUCCCUUUACAUUAGCACUAUAAGCACCACAGCAACUUUAGUUUUAUGAAGUAGUAUUGGUGUAUAGAUUAUGCCUUUGCAGUGUAACUGCUGAAUUCUCAACUGUUUACGAAUUAAAUCCCUUUAUGUAUGCUUUCAUAGUCACACCUAAUCUACAGUCACCCUUUUCCUGUAACAAGCUAUAAAAUUGAAACUUUUUAUUGCACAGUCUGUUUAAUUUAGAAUUUACUAUGUUAUGGUCGGUUAAUAGCCUGCUAGAAACUGCAGGAGUCUCUGAUUAAAGUUCAAUUAACAAAGCAGAAGAUAAGAGAAACUUCUAAAGUGCUCGGAAAACAUAAAGGCACUCAUUAGACAGCUUAAUGUAGUUGUUCUGGUGAGUAUAAUAGCUCCCUUCAGGCAUUUGCCCCUAGGGAUACCUCCAAGUGGCAACUCCUCAGAUGGCCACUGAAGGGGCUUCCUGGCUCAGGUCUGUACAGUAAGCAGCCCUGCCGUUCAGCGUCCCCGAAUUUUCCUCAUAGAGAUGCAUAGAUUUAAUGCAUCUCUGAAGGUGAUUGGCCAAAGCAGUGUUUGACCCCGCCCCCACUGCUGAUUUUAGCCUAUCCAAGCCACCUAAAUGGGUUCACUAUAGGGACAGGAAUGCAUGUUUGUGUUCCUGACCCUAUAGUGAUCCUUUAAAGAAAAUGAAACCAUUUUUUCCAUGCAAGCUGUGUGAGUCACAGCCAAGGGAGAUUUGGCUAAUGCUGCUUAAACAGAAACAAAAGGGAUUUAACUCCUAAAUGGCAGGGAGACUGCAGGUGCAUGAUCUGUACACCAAAACGGCUUAAUUACGCAAGUGUUUUUGGGGAGUAGAGUAUUCCUUUAAAUGGACACUAUAAUCACCAAAACAACCACAGCUUAACUUAGUGGUUCUGGUGUCUAUAGCCUGUCCCCGAAGGCUGAAGACACUGAAUGGCAGCAAUGCACACUGUGCAGCGCAGCCCCAGGAAGCACCUCUAGUAGCCAUCUAAGGAAUGGCCAGUGGAGGUAUCCCUAGGCUGUAAUGUAAACAAUGUCUUUUCAGGCUUUUUAUUUACUGUAAAAAGCCUUAAGGGAAUGAUUAUGCUCCCCAGAACAAAUACAAUAAUCCGUAGUUGUUCUGGUGACUAUAGUGUCACUUUAAUGUAAACAAUGCCUUUUCCAAGAUACAUCUUUGUAUUCCUAACACUAAAGUUUUCCCUUAAUGAAAAAUACUGACUCCUUUCUCUAGCAGUAUUAAAACAUGCUGUUUUACAAAUACUACAGUCUUCAACAUUUUGCCUAAAACAUGCCUCAAGUAGCUGCCAGUAAGUAAGCCACUAAAGGCAUUUACUCCUUCAUGUUCGGUGUGAUCAUGCACACCAUGAUGGUGCCAAAAGCUUCUCUAUGUAAGCAUUGGAUUGACAGACAAUUGGCACACAUGCUCUCUGAUCCCUCAGUACUACACCAUGAAGUGGAUUGGAUAGAAAGUAUAACUUGGCCUUGUAUAAUUUCACUUUGGCACACUUAACACAAGAAAUUGCUAUUGAGUUGUCCUGUAAAAAUGAACAAGCUAUUCUAUAUUACCUAAAAAUAUAUAUAUUUUUUCCCUCCAUUCUCUAAUUAGAAAUUACUUUCAUCAAGAGUCUCCCUUCAGGAUAUCUACCAUGACUGGGCCAGGUAAGUGGUUGAGAAGAACUGGACAUUUUGUGUAUUUAUUUAAAAAAUUGUAAUAUCCAUUUCUGGAUUUCCUCUGACAAGCCCACACUGGCGUUAUGUCAGACUAAAUUAGAUUGUGUUUAGAUUGGACUGGAUGGAACCCUCAAAACAUAGGGAACAAUUGUUUCAAAGAUCUUGCAAAGGGCAAAUUCUAGUUUGACAUAUAAAGUAGGGAGGGAUAGGGUGCUACUGUUAUCAUUUGCUUUCCCAGUGGUUUUUUUUUCUUAUUGUCAUUCCUGACAGAAGUACUCUCUGUACGUUUGUUUUAUUCUUUUAAAUAGCUUUUAGCAGUGCAAUAUCUGGUUUUAUAAACCAGACAACCGCUGUUUUUUAUUGUAUUCUGCUUAAAUAAACAUCUAUUCACAACACUAUAGUGCCCUAGUCCCUUGUUAGAUUCAGUGCCCCCUUUUGCCAUGUGAACAAAUAUUGGUGGUAAAUAAAAAGGGUUUUAAUUGACGCCCAGGGCCAAAACUCGCUCUAUACUGCCGUUUGCUCCUUUUCCUGCAAUGUCAUUCAACAGUCAUCACUUAUUGUCUUCUUGUUCAAUCCAGUGCGCCACAUAGAGGAGCAUUGAGGACAAUAUACUUGUUUGCCUGGCUGUUCAAUCAAAUGCUUCUCAUAGGGAAAUAUUGCAUUCAAGCAAUACAAUAUUUUAGGUUGAAGAGUUAAAGGGACAGGGCCACUGUACCCAGACCACUUCUUUGAGAUGAAGUGUUCGUGUCUUUAGUGGUCCUUCAAAAUUUAAUACAAUGUUUUUGGGGGAAAUUGUGAUGUUUCAAUUCAAAGUUGGUCUCUCAUCAGAAAUUUUAGAAUAUAUAGUCUGCCCAAUGAUGCUGAAUGUCCUUAUCCCAAAUCAUACAUUAUUUUUCUUUGCAGAUGUGAUAUAGCUUUUAUUUGGCUGCUGGCAUCCUAUUCUAUCAUCAUGCACAAAAAUCCAAGGUGGAGUUAACCCUGGAAGUUAAUUUUUGCAGUUUAUUAAAAACUGCAAUAAUUAUCACUGCAAGAUUAAGGGUCUUGGGUCACUGCACGCAGACCGCUUAAAGGGACACUCCAGGCACCGAGACCACUUCAGCUCAUUCAGCUCCCAUGUCACGUAACCAUUCAGUGGUAAUUAUAGCAGUUUCUGAGAAACUGCAAUAAUUACCUUGCAGGGUUAAGUCCCCCUCUAGUGGAUGUCUACUAGACAGCCACUAGAGGGACUUCUGUGUGCUUAGACUACUUUUGGUCGUCUAAAGGACGCUGGACGUCCUCGCACUCUGCAUGAGGAUUUCCAGCGUCACCGGACUCCCCAUAGAAAAGCAUUGAAUAAUGCUUUCCUAUGGGGAAAUCCUAAUGCGAGCGCUGCCAUUAGGUUUCCCCCGCCGGCUGUCAUCGGCAGGGUAGGAGCGUGAGCAGAACCUGACCCAGUGCCGAGGGACAUCGGCGCUGGAUUCAGGUGGGUGACUGAAGGGGUUUUCUCCCCUUCAGCGACAUGGGAGUGGGGCACUGUAGGAUUCUAUAAUGCCAGGAAAAUGGGUUUGUUUUCCUGGCCUUAGAGAAUCCCUUUUAAAUGGGUUGAAGUGUUCUGGGUGCAUAUCGUGUCCCUUUAAAUUGUAACACUUGGGCUUUAAAACAUAUAUUUCCAUUUUAGCAUUACCACCUUUUUGUUUAAAAAUUGUCAGACCUUCUAUUGUUAAUUACUGCUAAAUUUACAUCAGUAUGGGAAGAUGAAAACAUAUAUUUUCAAAUAAGCUUUCUGAAGAAAAGUUCAAUAGAAAUUUUUAACCAAAUGUUAAGACUUCUCAAAAAUGUAUUGUCACUAUUCGUACUAUGUAUUUGUAUUAAAGAGCUACUGAAUUAUUAGUCUUCAGGGAACAUACCUAGGAACGCUGAAUAUGUCUUCCCCCAUGUUUAUAGAAGAGUGAUUAUUACUGAGCAAAAUGUGGUGUGAUUAAUCCAAAGACUAUAAGGGUACCUUGUCAGCGAAUGUUAGCUCUGAGUGAGCAUAGGUAACGCCACUUUUAUUCUCUACUUCUCACUUAGAGACCAUUACUUUAUUAUGGUAAUUAAAAAGAGCCACUUCAUAUAAAAUACAAAUUUUUGCACCACAAUGUAAGGUGGCAUGCACCUUUCUAUAACCUAUAUAGUGAUCUUUAUACUAUGCCAGUUAAAAUUUCUUGCAAAUGUAUAAACGUUGUAUUUUGUGUGGGUUGUUGGUUCUUGCUGAAAUUUGCAGGCUCUCCCUCUGAAGGCCACUAUAUUAUGCUUCUGAAAAAAUAGCCAAAUCAAACUCAGAGACCAUGAGAUUGGCACAGCAUGGCGUCUUGCAUCGCAUGUGAACUAGCAUCCCAAUGCUUUCCUAUGGGAAAACAUUGGAUUGGCUAAGAUCAUUGAUUUUUGUAAUCUCAGUUGAGAAGGCGGAGCUUCACUGUGGAGAUUAGUGAGAGUUGACAGGUAAGUAAAACUCACCCCUUGAGCCAUCGCGGCGGGGUUUAUCUUUAAUGUUCAGAAUACAUAUCUGUAUCCUAAUGCUAUAUAGUAUUCCUUUAAAUUUCUUAAAAAUGUUAAAAUGUUUACUCUACUAUGUAAGGCAAUGUUUAAUGAAGCAAUGAAACACUUACAUGUUUAACUAUUUAAAUGUUUAAACCUCUAGUAGGUUUAGCUGAUUUGGUAAUGGCGUAUUGGGCACAAAGCUAGUACAUAUGUUAUUACUCUUAUAAUUCUUGUCUGAAACAUAGAAAUCUAGAAUGUGACAGCAGAUAAGAACCAUUCGGCCCAUGUAGUCUGCUCAAAUUUCUAACUACUUUAAUUAGCACCUGGCCUUAUCUAAUAUCUAGUAUAGACUUAUGCCUAUCCCACACAUGCUUAAACCCCUUCAAUGUGUUAACCUCUACCACUUCAGCUGGAAGGCUAUUCCAUGCAUCCACUACCCUCUCAGUAAAGUAAUACUUCCUGCUAUUAUUUUUAAACCUUUGCCCCUCUAAUUUAAGACUAUGUCCUCUUGUUGUGGUAGUUUUUCUUCUUUUAAAUAUAGUCUCCUCCUUUACUGUGCUGAUUCCCUUUAUGUAUUUAAAUGUUUCUAUCAUAUCCCCCCGUCUUGUCUUUUUUCUCCAAGCUAUAUUCUGCCAUAUUGCUUGUUUAAAAGUAACAUUUUAAAAUGUAAUCAUCUAUUUUUUUUAUUUUUUUUAAGCAAGAUUUAAGCAGACCAUUGAGCCCUAAGUUGACCCUGCUACAAUUUGAACUGGCAGACUUGAGAUCUGUACAGCCACCACAGUUAGAGCAUUAACUAAUGUGGCUUACUGCUGUAAAGGCAGAAUUACAAAUUCUGCGUAUAUGUAGACGUGUGAAGACCUGAAACAGGAUUACCAGUGCAGAGUCACUUGUCAUAACGCAUGGUUUCAUUGGAAGUGAUGUUGGCGGGGCCACUGAUUAAACAUGUCAGUGAAGCACAUCUCUAGUGAAGCACAGAAUAUAGGAUUAGUUGAUGCUGGCAAGCAUUGAUAAGCAUUUCACCGCUCGAGGGGCAAAUAUCUGUCUGGAUGAGAACAUCAGGCCAGACGAAGCAGAAGAGAAGUCAGGAUUAUAGCCAGAGAGCAGAUAGAAGAAGAGAAAACAAAAUGUGCAGCACAUGAGAAACCAAUCUAGUAGUGAAUUAUCAUAUGCAAGUAGCCAUAUAAUAAGAAAACAAACUAGUAGAAACAGGAAACCUAAAUGUUCCCAUGAACAAAAUGUACUUUUCUCAACAGCCGUCCAGAAAAUGCCAAGAAAAGGAAAGCUAUCAAAGCAAAUGAAGUUCCGAGCAAGAAACUAAGAGUUUCUGACCCCAAAAGCAGCUCAGAGCCAUCUGAAGAAGAAGAUAAUGCAGUUCAUGGUGAGUUUACUUGUCUAGUUUUGUUAUUGUUAUUUAGCAAGAGAACUUUACAAUGAAUUUACUAACGAAUCGCCCAAAUAAAUUGCAACAAAGUAGUUGUGUAGAAACCAGAAACAAAAGGUGAGAAGGUCCCUGCCCAAACGAGCAGAGAUGGUCAAAAGUGAGAUCUUCUAAUGCAGUAGAACUACAACUGCCAAGAUACUUUGCCAGGUUUAAGAAUGACACGGCAUCAUGGAAGUUGCAGUUUUACAUCAUCUGUGGAUCUACCUUUUGUCCACCCUUUUUUUAUUUUAUUUAUUUAAAGAUUCCUCUAUCUCACUUAUAGAGUACAUUUUUGUAAAUUUGCAAACAGAAUUACACACACAAAGACUCAACACUAUAUAUUUUGUGUCAUUAAUAUACUUAUGCAUGCUGUUAUAUUUAUUUUUUCCUUAAUGCUUAAUACUUUUCUGAAGCAUUGCUCACUGUGGGUUACCAAUGGUAGGCUGAAAGUGUCAGAUGACACGCUCAUCCUAUCACUGCUGUUCACACAGAUGCUUCCACAUUUGUUAGGACUCGGAGGAGAAGAAAUCGGACUCUCAGCUCUAGGACACCACUUACAUGUUAAACUGUUUGAAAGGGGUUUAAUACUUUAAAGUAAGAAAGGGUCAGUGGACUCUGGGAACCAUUCUCAUUCUAACAAGCAUUAUAUGCCAUAUAAGGCAUAUAAAAUUGUGAACACCCUGAUGUAAAGGAUCACUCUACCGAUCAUCACAGCUUUGCAUUAUCACAUCAUUUUAUAAAGGCUAUGGCUCUAAGACAGUUCAUGAAUAGCAUGUCAUAGCAUAACUGUUUUUUUCAGUUUAUAGAACAGCUACAAUGAUAAAAACUUUAUACACCAGGAAUCUGAGGUAAAAGUCUUCCUGCUUAGAAAGGCAGAUGUUUGCCUGUAUAAUCUGUAAAAUAUACAUUCUGUAUAAUACAUUAACAAUAGAGUGAAAGUUAUUUAAACCUUUCUAGUUUCCAUUUAAGAGAUUGUCAUGUUUGACACUUUAACUGUUUCAGAAUAUUUCCACUUUAAAGAGCUAGGUUUAAACUGCUGCAAUAUGCUUCAAGACAUUUGUGUUCAAUGGAACUUUUUUUUUUUUUUUUUAAAUUAGGAAGUCAGAAAAAAAUGAAAAUCCCUCCAAAGGUCACACAAGCAAAAGAUAAAAAGAGUGCAGUGAAACUGACUGCCAAGGUAAAUAAAUGGUUUUCUCUUUCACGUGUUAGCUCCAACAGUUGAUGCUUCUAAUUUUAAUGUAUUUUAUGGGAUGACCUUUAUGGUCAUGAGAACUCCAGAACCAAUAUAUGGGGUUUUUGUAACCUCAAACCUGUUAAAGGAUAUCGUCUCCGUGAUCUUCUGUUCUUUUGCUUUAUUCUUUCCAUCUUCUGUACAUUGGCGGUAGAUUGCAAUUGCAGGAAGUACAUUUUUUUUUAUCUGGAGUAUCCAUCUUGAUUUACGGGAUUUAUUUUUUAACCCUUUACCUCCCAAAUUCCAAACACUGAGUGAAGGUGUGAGCCACUCUUCUGGUUAUUACCCCAUUCACUUCCAAAAUCAUGCAUACAUGUUUGUACUUGCAUUUACUUUGCAAAUCAAAAUGUAACCAAUAAAGCGUUAUUCAGCUUCAUUUUUACUUUAGCAAAUAUCAUCCGGCAGAGAAAUGAUUGAGGUCUCCCAUUUCACUUUUAGCAUUACAUUAGCAGUCCAGAGAUUAAUAGACUGCUGUAGCACUUUUUAAAAAUCUUUAGCUUAGAAAUAUAUAGUUUAAAGGGAUACUCCAGACCACUUCUGCCCAUUGGAGUGGUGUGGGUGCCAACUCCCAACACCCUUAACCCUGCAAGUGUAAUUAUUGCAGUUUUCAUAAACUGCAAUAUUUACAUUGCAGGGUUCAGUCCUCUUCUAUUGACUGUCUACUAGACAGCCACUGGAGGGACUUCCGUGUUUAUAAAACCCGAAAAGUGUUUUAAAACGACGCUGAACGUCCUCACGCUAUGUGAGGACCUACAGCGUCGCCGAACUCUCCAUAGGAAAACAUUAAAUGCUUUCCUAUGGCGAGGUCUAAUUCGCCGCGCAUGCGCAUUAGGUCUCCCCCGCCAGCUGAUGGCGGUGGAGGAACGUGGGCAGAGCCUGAUCCAGCGCCGAGGGACAUCAGCGCUGGACUCCAGUAAGUGACUGAAGGGGUUUUAACCUCUUCAGCAACUUGGGAGGGAGAGGGGCAUAGAGGGUCCUGCAGUUUCCUGGCACUGGAGAAUCCCUUUAAACCCUUAAGGAUGCAGGAAAAUUUCCACCCAAUACAAAAAUUAACCCCAGAUUGCAGCAAUUGUGUGGUUUAUGUUCCUCUAGUGUGUGCUGUGUCUGAGGCACACUACAGCAAGCAGUUUCACUUUCACAGCCCAUGUGAUCGCUCUGACCGGGAGUUAGGCAUCACACAUGCUGCAGUGAAACCCGAUCUGCCUCCCUGCGCCUCCGUGUGAGUUGUGAAGUACAGGGAGACAAGUCGGUGCUGAUCUGUCUCUUGCUGUGAAAAAAAGUGUUUAGUAAUAAAAUCCAACCCCCACUCACCUCUUUCAAAUAAAAUGUAGCCCCCUCCCUGCCCUUUGAUCACGGUCUGCAGUGAUCAAAAUACAGAUCAGUGAACUGUUUUUUGUUUUUUUUUUAACCCCUGAGGCUUAACUUUUAUAUAUAUUUUUUAACCCUCAGGAGUUAAAUUUAUUUAGUUAGUUAAAUAUUUGUAAAAUAUUUAUUUGGCUAGGGUUGGUAGAAGUUAGUGGGGAAAUUGUGGGAUUUACUGUUAGGCUAGAUCGGGGAGCAGUAAAAAAAAAAAAAAAAGGUUUUAGAAAGUUAUAAAAAGUUUUAAAAUAGUAAAAAAAAAAGUUGUUAAAAGUUAAAAAGAGAGGUUUUUAAAAGUUAAAAAAAAAUUUAAAAAGGGAAAAAAUGUGUAUUACCUCUACACUUGGUACAGGCUAGCGAAAAAAUGAUCCCACGCUAAGGUUCAAAAUAUGCCUUUUGAAAUACCCUGGGGUGUCUUCUUUAUCAAAUGGUAUGCCUUUGUGAAGUAAUAAGGAAGCACAACCUGCUAAAAAAAAUUCCAAAGUGGGGCAUGGACCCAGAGUAAAAAUUCAAACUUUUUUGCCCAUUUAAUGUUGUCCUAUACCUGGUAAAGGUACAUACGGGGGUAUUGCUGAUAACACAACUGAGCAAUAUAUGAAAUAUACUGCCGUAGCACACAUAUCGUUUGCAAAAUAUACAGUACAAACUCACUGUGUGUGUCAAAAAGGCACAAAAAAUGCUUAUUACCACUACACUUGAUACAAGCUAGCAGAAAAAUUUUCCCAUGCUAAGAUUCAAAAUAUUCCUUUUGAAAUACCUUCGGGUGUCUUCUUUAAGACAGUCCGUCCUCGGCGAAUUAGGACCUAGCAGCCAAAUGAUCGCUCUAACAGAGCGGUCACAUGGCCGCAAUAGGUGCCUGUGUAUCUACUUGCAGGGGGACUGCAGUCUCCCUGCUGCUGUAAAAUGAAAAAAUAACGUUUCAAAAAAGCAAUCAGUGGUAAAAAAAAAUAUAUAUAGUCAAACUAAGUGUGUGUGUGUGUGUGUGUGUAUAUAUAUAUUGUGUGUGUGUGUGUAUAUAUAUGUAUGUAUAUAUAUUCUAAAAUAUAAAUAAGUAAAUAAAAAUAAAUGUAAAAAUAAUUGGAAUUUAAAAAAAAUGUUUGUCAUUUUAUUCAAACGGUAUUUUGAUACUAAUAUAUAUUUAUAUCAAAAUACACUUACAGAAUGAAAUGAUAUAUAUAUAUAUAUAGAGAGAGAGAGAGAGAGAGAGAGAGAGAGAGAGAGAGAGAGAGAGAGAUAUUAAUUAUAUGGAAAUAUACAUAUGUCCUUAUACAAAAUUACAUUCAUAAAUAUACACGUAGACUUCAAAUAUGUGUGUAUGUUGAUGUAUGUUGAUAUAUAUAUAUAUAUAUAUAUAUUUUUUUUUUUUUUAAUUCUACGUGCAUAUUUAUAUAAUAUUUUGACAUAAUUAAGUAAUAUUAUUGAUUGCAAUUUGAGUGACCUGCCUGACAACCCAGGCUGAAAUCCAGAGAAUUUAAUUUGCUAGCACUGUGUUUAACCCAGUAACAUUCUAUGACACUCUAAAACCUGUACAUGGGGGGGUACUGUUUUACUCGGGAGACUUCGCUGAACACAAAUAUUAGUGAUUCAAAACAGUAGAACAUAUCACAGCGAUGAUAUUGGCAGUGAAGGUGGCGUUUUUUUGCAUUUAAAUCUGAGUUUUAUUUGUUUAUGCAGUAUUUAUACAUCCGUGAGAAUCUCAGAUCUCCCCCAAAAACUUUUUUGCAAUUCAAUAACAAGUAAAAGGUGUAGUCAAAAGUUAAACACAGGUGAUGUACAUAGUUAUCUGAGCUCGCAGGCCUGCAAUGUUGACGGACACACAGGUCCCUUGUGGUGCUCCCACUAUUAAGUGUGUAGAAUGUUACAAAGAUCAAGAGGGGGUGGGAGGGUUAGUGGUAAAAAUGCAUAUGUGUAUUUUCAAUUUACAACUUCAUUCCUACAUCAAUAGACAUUCACAGAUACCGGACAACUCGCAUGAGUCGUAGUGUGUAAUGAGGCCGGUGUUGGAGUUGUCACUACAGACUAGUUUUGUAGGCUUAUGCAUAGCGCGUGUGGCUUCCGGGUUGUGUUGUGGUUUUUUUGGAUUUUUCACACACAAACCACUUUCACUGAUGAUAUUGUUGUGAUGUUUUACUGUUUUGAAACACAAAUAUUUGUGUUCAGCGAAGUCUCUUGAGUAUAACCGUACCCCCCAUGUACAGGUUUUAUAGUGUUUUUGAAAGUUACAGGGUCAAAUAUAAGGCUUGAUUUUCCUUUUUUAAUUUUUUUUUUAAAUUUGCCAGAUUGGUUAUGUUGCCUUUGAGAGCAUAUGGUAGCCCAGGAAUGAGAAUUACCCCCAUGAUGGCAUACCAUUUGCAAAAGAAGACAACCCAAGGUAUUGCAAAUGGGGUAUGUUCAGCCUUUUUUAGUAGUCACUUAGUCACAAACACUGGCCAAAGUUAGCGUUCAUAAUUUUUUUUUUGCAUUUUUAACACACAAACAAAUAUAAAUGCUAACUUUGGCCAGUGUUUGUGACUAAGUGGCUACUUAAAAGACUGGAAAUACCAUGGGUUGUCUACUUUAAAAAAAAAAUUAAAUUAAAAUAUGUGCAUGUGAGGUGUGAUUCGGAGAUUUAUGACAGAUGUGUUACAAUGUCACUAUUGAAAAAUUUAAAAAAUAUUUUGAAACCGCAAUUUCCUACUUGUACUUAUAGCCUUAUAACUUGCAAAAAAAAAGCAUGUGAACACUGGGUAUUUUUUAAACCCAGGACAACAUUUUGAAUCUAUUUAGCAGUUUUUUUCAUUAGCUUUUGCAGAUACCAGUAAGUAAAAUAUUGUUACUAUAUAUAAUAAAUAUAUAUAUAAAUAUAAGUAAAAGUCUAAAAAAAUUUUUUUUAUUUUUUUUUAAAGUAAAAUAUGACAUGAUACAUAUAAUGGUAUGUACAGAAAGCCCUUCUUGUUCUGAAAAACAAUAUAUAAUAUGUAUGGGAACCGUAAAUGAGAGAGAGGAAAAUUACAGCUAAACACAAACACUACAAAAGUGUUAAAACAGCUCUGAUCCUUAACGUACAGCAUGGCCAAAAUAGUCCGGUCCUUAAGGGGUUAACUAUGCUCAAAUGUAGACAUUCUUUUUACAUUCUGUUGUGCAUGUCUGUAAUCUGCACUAUUAGUAAUGACACAAGGGUUUUUACCAAUACCUAUUUGCAGGCUAUUUGACAAUUAGUAUUUGUUUUUCACACUUCCUGUAUGUGGGGGGAAAUUAUUUUUGCUUUUAUACAAACAUCAGACACUCCAUGUGAAAUAUUGCAAGAAAAAUGACACUGCAUACUGUCUAUAGCUUUUCAUUUCCCUAAAAAUUCUAUAAAUGAAAAAUAAAAAUGUACAAAUUUACAUAAUUUUAACUUUGCUUGUAAAGUAAUCUGUAAACAAAGCUUUUGUUUAAAAAAAAAAUAAAUACACACACACACACACACACACACACACACACACACACCCCCACCCACUUAUCCGGUCUGUCCACCUUAGAACUUUUCCUCCUCUAUUUUGUCAUCACAUCAUCACUCUCUCACCUUAGGACUUUAGGAAAACUUAUGAUAUUUGGACACGUGUAAAUAAUAAAACAUGAUUUUUAUCUUCCUCUAGGUCAAGAAACAGAGUGCAGCAGCAAAAAACAUGAAUUCUGUGAAGCAACCGGCAUCUGAACAAAAAAGCCAGCCAACAGCCAAGCCUGGGAAGAAAACUCUUACUGACCUAGUCACAGAGAGCAGUGAUACAUCUGAUAGUGAAGAAGAGACUAAAAUGGUAUCUACAGUACCAGGUGAACUAGAUUCAUCCAUUGAAUAGGAUCCUUACAACUAGAGGAAAUAGCAUUUUUCUGUUUCUCUUUUCAAUGUAUAGGAGAUUAGUCCAGUGAUGUAGAUGUAAAAUAUGUGUGUGUGGGUAUAUAUAUAGAUGUAUAUGUAUUAUUGGACUAACAAAAUUUUAGAAAUAAGCUUUUGGGAGUUUCUCGCUUUCUCAAGUCUAAAACAUUUCUGAGCAAAAUUACACAGAGUUCAAAGUUGACUUUGGGACACUGGUUAAGAAGACAUCAAAGAAAAGAGUACACAAGUCUCAGAGAGGGACGGAGUAAAAAAGACCGCAUCAAUAAGCACAAAUGUACACACAUUCAAACAAAGAAUUUGUUGUGUUUACAUAUACCUAUACAUAGAUAAAGAAUAGUGUGUUAACUUUUUUAUUCACUAAUUACACUCUUACUUUUCUGUAUUACACAGAUUGAUCGUUAUUUGAUAAAGUAUAUAACCUUUCUCAUAGCAUGUGUACUUUUUAUAUUUAAAACAAACAAAUCUAUACAACCUGGCCAUUCUAAAGCAGUUCUGGUCUUCAGCAGUUUGCUUUUUCAUAUUCCCACUCCUUUCUUUUCAAAUAUCAUAUUAAACACCCGGGUGCCACAUCCAUUAUGGGAUAUGCUUGUAAUUUCACAGGCUAUGCAUUUUUUUUUAAUAUAGAUCUUCUACUGUCAAUGUUAUUUUUCGACUCCCUCAUUUCAGCUGUUUUUUGUUGUUGUUUUUUUUAGCUUUCUUGCACCCUAGUAUUUUUCAGCCAAAUUAAACCCUCUGACUUUUAGAAUCUGGACAUGGUAUUCACAUUUAAUAGAGGGCUACAAAUGUCCAUAUGUGCCAUUGAUUGUAACAUUCCACGUAGAAAGGAUAGACCUUGGUUUAACAAAAACUGGUAGCAGGUGAAAUAUUUCUGAAUCUAGCUGUAGAGAAGGUGUAAUAGACAUUUUUAUCGCAAUUUAGUAUUACAAAGUUGCUCUUGGAAAAUCACACAUCACAGCACCCCUUACAAGCUGAACUAUAUGUGUAGUCUCUCAUGUUGAUGGAGGUUUAUGGGAACCUUUUUUUCUUUUCUAAGAGAUCGUUUUUAAUUGCAAGUUAUAUAUGGGAACAAAGUAAUGCUUGACAUUGUGGUGAUCUAUAUAUUUUUUUAAUACAUUAGCCAUUUUGAAGCCUGUCCUUAAAGCUUCUGACAGCAGUGAAUCCUCAUCCAGUGAUGAAGCAGAAAUGGAGACUGAUCAAAAAGUAUGUACAAGUAGGGGUGAUAGUACUCUGUUUUAUCAUCGUAUCAGACUUUUAUGUUGAAUCCUGUAUUUUCUUUAAUGCUAACAUUAAUAUAAUAUAGUUGUAUAGUAAUACAAUAAAUCUAAAUUAUGGUCAUCUUCUUUGAGAGGCAAGAGUUUGUUGGUAGUGUAAUCUUUAUAGAAUACUUACUGUCUUUAAAGGAACACUAUAGGGUUAGGAAUACACCUUUGUGUGCCCAACAUUAGAGUGUCCCUCUGCCAUGCUCUCGCUUCCUGCUUGGCUACAAUUCCAGUAGCUUGUGUCCCUCUGCCAUACUCUCCCUUCCUGCUUGGCUACAAUUCAAGUAGCUUAUUCCAGCGCUGGCUCUGUCUCCUCCAACAUCAUCCUAUGCUGAGCACAUUAGGCUUUUACCAUAGGAAAGCAUUGAAUCAGUGAGGACGUCCAGCGUUGUUCAACUGAGUCAAAGUGCAGGAAGCGGCUCUAGCCACUUGAGGCUGUCUUAACCCUGCAAUGUAAACAUUCCAGUUUGUUUGAAACCACAAUAUUUUAUAUUGAAGGACUAAGGGGACAGUGACGCUGCACCUAGACCACUUCAAUGUGCCUACAGUGCCCCUUUAAUAAGAAUAAAGACUAAGGCAAACUAAGUACAUAAGCAUAUAUUUGAUGACCCUCUGACCUAUAAGAAAUAGCACAAUAGAACUGUAUUUAAGGCUUAUUUGUCUUACACACUCUAACAUAUGGGCUACAAAAUAUUAUAUACUAAAAUGUCCGCAAAAUAAUUCGUUCUAUAAACUCAAGAUGGUUUACAGAUUAGUUAAAUGUUGCAACCUACAUUUCGUUUACGUUUUGCUUCUAAAUAUUUCAGCUUAAAGCGGCACUGUCAUGCCGAAUCCAGGUUUUUUUUUUUUAACCCCUCUCCCGCCUCCACUACAUCCAAUUGACCCACUAGUCACCCCCAAAUACCCCUAAACCCCCCAGAUUACCUCUUUUUAAAUCUUUAUUUUCUGCCCUGAUCUAUAUUCAGGGCGCCGCCAUCUUUGUGUGGGUAGGUGAAGUCCCUGUGGGACACGUCAUCAGCCCACACUAGAUAGCCUGUGAGAUUCCCGCACAUGCGAACGGGAAUUUCAUCUAUUCAUUCAUCCAUCAGACAGACGAAUGAGUGAAUAGAAAUAUCAGCCGAACAAACAAACACUAUGUAUCAGUGUAUGUUUGUUCGUGCAGGUUAUUACAAGGAGGGAGCUACCCUCCUUGUAAUAUGUAACUAUAGAAGCGGCAGGGAGCAGUGCUCCCCACCACUUCAUAAGCCCCCCCAGGUCCCCCUCUCACUCUAUGGGGGUCAAUAUGACCCCCAUAAUAGCACAAGGGAGAUUAAAAUCUCCCAAAUGCCCCUACUCGCUAUACCUAUUGUCCCCCCACCUCCCCCACCCUGAGCGGCGGGUGGGGGCCAUGAAGAUAAUGAGGGGGGGGGGGACCUACUGUCCUCCCCCCCAUCCUGGGCGGUGGGUGGGUGCCCUAAUAAAACAAUAAGGGGGGGACGACCUACUGUCCUCCCCCUCUCUGCCCCCCACCCCUGUGCGGUGGGGGCCCUAAUAAAACAAUAAGGGGGGGAGGGACCUACUGUCCUCCCCCCGGCCCCCACCCCGGGGGCCCUAAUAAAACAAUAAGGGGGGGAGGGACCUACUGUCGGCCCCCACCCCUGCGCGGUGGGUGGGGGCCCUAAUAAAACAAUAAGGGGGGGAGGGACCUACUGUCCUCCCCCCCGGCCCUAAUAAAACAAUAAGGGGGGGACCCUACUGUCCGGUCCCCACCCCUGAGCGGUGGGUGGGGGCCCUAAAUGAAAGACUCCCCCCCCCCAAAUCAAGGUGACUAGGGGUCCCAAGCCCCUAGUCACCCCCCCACCACCCAAAAAAAACUAUCCCCUACCUACCCCCCUCACCCUAAAAAUAGUGAGGGGGGAAUAAAAUAACUAACCUGUAAAAAAAAAUUAAACUUACCAUUUGACGUCUUCUUUUUUCUAAAAUCUUCCGCCCUGCAAUUAGGCUUAGAACACUGGUGGGUUUAAAUUACUCUGACCAGCGGAAAUGAAGCACACUUUGCUCCUGAGCUGGUCAAGCGGAGGAAUCCUCCAUAAGGCAAAGAGUCCCUACUUUGUCUUAUGAUUUUAAAGAAAACUAAAGAAGACAGGAAGAAAAGAAUAACAGAUCCUGAGAGAGGGGGAGAAGAGGAAGAGAUUGAGGAAAGGUAAGUUCGGCAUCACAGUGCCGCUUUAAGUGAAAUAUAAAAUGUAAUCCUUUCUCUCUAAAUUAUAUUCAUUUCAUGCUCACCUUUAUAAAAAUUAAAUUUCUGUGCAGCACUGGAUUUUAGUAAGAAAAGGAUCACCUUCAAACCAAUUUAUCCGUCAGGCCGUAAACAUGUUGGUGUAUGUGGCAGAAUGGUUUGCUCUUUUAACCUUUAACUUCUUUAACCUCUUUCACCCUUUAAAAUUACAGGUAAGGUGUUUGAGGUAUAUUCUGUAGACAGUAAUUUGACAAGAAUAGUUACCCUCACACCCCUCUCAAAUCUGCUUUUAGACAUAAAUCAGCUUAUCAAUGUAUCUAUCAUAUAUAUUACCCGUUUACAGCACUCUAGAAUGCGUAAGCAUUACAGCUGUUUUAGACGAUUGUUUUUAUUUAUUUAAAUAGCCUUUGAUAGUACCGAGUAGUGCUGCUAAGAGUGUCCCUGACGCAACAGCUGACAAGAAAGCCCCAAGUACAGGGGCUUCAAAUGGAACAGUAGCAAGUCCAGCCAAGGCUGCUGGGAAACUAGAUGCAACGGACAGUUCUGACAGCGAAGCAACAGACAUUGAGACACCGGUGAGUACAUUUUAUCAUGCUAUGGAUCCUAAUUAAUAAUUACGAAUUCUUGCAUAAUUAUUCAUGUCUCUUGAAUGUUGGUAUUGUUACUGCUCAGAUUUUAUUGGGAUUCUCUAAUUUGAUUUACAUAGCAUACCAAACACUUAAAACAACCAAAAUAGUUGUUACUGUGGCAAAGAACAUUAACCUCUUAAGGACAUGCUGUUUUCAUUUACUGUUUCCUAAUUUUAAAACCCAUCUUCACUUUUAUUUUUGUUGUGUAUACAUACAUACUCCCUAUUCAUCCAUCAUGCUGUACAUCUUUUCUCUGUUGGCCCUUUUCUCUCUCUGUAUUUAUUUCAGGAACACCAAUGCUAGAUGUAUAUUGUCUGCAAAUGUAGAUUUUUGUGUUCUUUACCAAUAAUUAACAAUAACUUGCCCCGUCUAUACAUGGAUUGGUGUUUAAUCAGUGGAUUAGUCAUAGGUGAUUAUAGCAAUUGCUUGCUGACGGGAAAAUUGGAAACCUUUAUUAUGAAAUACUGAUUUUCAUGCCUAGAGAUGUAAAUGUUUAAUCACAGUUGUGUUGCAUUUCAUUCAAACAUUUGGCAUUGAUAGUAAUCAGACUUUCCAUUAAAUGUUUUGAAUUUAUUAUGAUGUGCUUAUGUGUUUUAUUAUUUUUUAUUUUAUCUUUACAUUAUAUUUUUGGAAUAGAACUUAUCAGUAGGGGUUUUCCCAGACCAUCUAAAAAUAGAAAUCCCAUCACCUGCUGCAUCACAAAUUAGAACUUCAGAUAUGGCUUCCCAGACCACAAUUUCCAUGUCAGCAUCCCGGGCGGCAGUGCUGCAAAAGGUUUCAGGAAGCAGUGUCUCCUCACCCAAGGUAGGUCACUGAACCUAUAGAACACACAGCAGUGCUUCCCUUGUGCCCUUUUUGUAUUAAAACUGUGCUGUUGUAAGUUGCCAUGUCCUCUACAUAGCAAGAAUUAACAUAACAUGUAGUCCUGACAAGUUAACUGGUUAAUAAAGGGGUACUAUUACUUGUGUUCAGAAUUCUUUAUGGCUAAUAAUCUAGAGAACUGGGUUUGACUACAGGCUAUGGUCACAGUCUAAUUCUUAUUUGUGGUGCACAUCCUGGGUGCUUUACAUCAUACGUUUGUGCCUCCUUCCUUGAGUAUUUUCUAGCCUUUUAUUCACAUCUGCUCUGUUACUUCGCUUGUAGCUUACUGAAAUUCCCAAACCUGCAGUGCCCAUGCCAUCUAAAUCACAGGAUGAUAGUAGUUCUGAGAGCAGUGAGUCUGGCCACGAAGAGGAGUCUGUUGAACAGGUAGAGCACACAAAAACUCCACAAAGGUUCUGCAUCCUGUGUGUCACUGGAACUAAGGGUGAUAAGAAUAUAUGUCUAAAACCCCUCUGCUUACUUAAUUUGUGCACCUAAUAUUGUGUGGUCAUGGUCCUUGUUAUAUAGCACAAUUUCUUUUUCCCCAGCAACUGGGAUGUCUAUUUUUAAAGACAUUAAAUUGGACCUGUCUCAUGUGAGAUUUUUGUGUGAUACUCAAUAUUGUACCGAGAGGAAGCUUUGGGAUUUACAGUUUCAUACUUUAGAGAUUCUUUUUUAACAUUUGUUCGUAUCUUGCUGUUAUUUUACUUGUAACAGAUGGCAUUCCCUGAACAUGUUUCCCAAGUACCCACACUGCAAAUUUAAAAAUGCCAACUGUAUGAGUAGAUCAAGCAGACGUUCGAAGGCACUAUCUGUGCAUUUACCAGGGCUGCCCCUGAGUCUCUAAUCUUGGCACAAUACACCAGGAGCAGAGCAUUCAUACCAGUAGCUAUUAGCUCUAUCUCAACGAGACCCGAGGAUGGAACAAACUGGGAUUAAAUCUCCAGAAGGAGACUGCAUUCCCUAACUUUAGAGUGAGAACCUGGUCGAACAAGGUGAGGGAAUUUGGUUUCAUGAUGGGCUAGAAUAUACCCCUCAAUCUUCAGAUUCACAAACCAGUUAGUGUAGAACUGAAGAAAUGAUUCUUUGGUUUUCAACACUUUCUAGAAUAACCUGGACCUUGAUAGGGUCAUGGAAAGGGUGAGAAAGCAGGAUCUGUUCUUGAUGAGUGCAAUGCUGAAAGCCCAGCUGGUAACUUAAAAAAACAAAAACCCACACUCUACCUAUAGGUCUGAAGUCCAGGUUUUGCUGAACGACUGCAGAUGUCUUCUGUUCACAUCACCCCCAAUGAUAACUUCAGGCAAUCUUUGUGAGUGCUGUACAUGUUUUGCUUUCUUCCAAAAGGAAGAACCUUGCCUACGUGGAGCCUUGAUUGUAGGCUUCCCUGGAGUGAGGCCUUCUUAUCCUGUAGUAGAAAGGCUGUCUUACUGACAGUCACUUACUGCAUUUACCCUGAAAUGGCAAAGCCUAGAGAAGUGGCUUGGAGCUCAGGUUGGCAACCAAGGGUUGGGCCACAACAUCCAUCUGGCAACUUCACUCAGCCAUAAGUGUUUUGGUCCAGUGGGCAUUGCGUUAUCUAAUCACCCCCUGAAGAUAGAAAGUUGAGUAACUUUCCCAUAAAAAGAUGUAACCCCAAACAUGCUAGAGGGACCAGACAAAUUUCCAGGGGGUCAUUCGCCUGCGCAGGAGACACUGGGAAUAUGAAAGGAAGCCAGACAGUACACCAAAUAGUUUUAUCUUGGACUCCUCAAAUAUAGAUCUUCCCCACCACUUAUUAGGGACACAGGUGAACACUAGUCAUUAUUCAUUUGCACAGUGACUGUAGUACAAGUGGAACUGGAGAAAUCUCUGGUUGGCUGGUAUAACUAAUCAUAUCAAAUUAGACUGAAGAAAGAGGGGGAAUACUAUUGUAGAGCAUCUAGUGUCACUCCACAGCAGAGGGCAAUAUAGAGAGAAUAAGGGAUUACACUGUCCCAGAAUCUAACGGUGCCCUGCUUUGCAUUCAGUGUCUGGAGCUCAAACCCAGCCAUUCGCUAUGGGCAUCAGCCAAAGAGACAUUUAUAAGGAGAUCUCUGUCGACAACCUGGGAAAGUAUCAGACUCUGCAUGUUAUAUGGCAGGGUACAUGCAAACCCACUAGGGGUACAUUGCCAAGCAUAUACCAUUGUCUGGCCAACAUCCUUUAACUUGUGAUUUGUAAAAGAAAAAAAGAAUACUAAUCUUACAUCAUCCAGUGCUAUCUCAAAUCCACCUUCCUCCUGAGAGGCAGAUAGAUAUCUGACUAUUCUCUCUGAGGUGCAAAAGUGGGGGGGAGCAAACCAAAGCAUAACAUUAUUGGUGUUUCCACCACUUCUAGUUGAAAGGCACUUUUUCGUCAUAUCAUAACUUACAGGAUCUCACAGUGUAAGGGAGGAAAUACAAUUUAGUUUAAAGGGACAAGCCCUGUCCUUUUAUUUCCCCUGCAAUAGACUAACCGUUUCUUUAUUGUGAAAUGGCUUAUCAGAGACUUGUCAUUGAGAAGCCCCUGAAUCUCCCCUCUGUGCACAUACACCACCCUCACUCACAACGCUAGUCUGAUCUGGGGUUUGAGAAGGAAGUAUGUGGGGGGCGAGGGGGGAGUAGGCACGCACGUUACAAUGAAGUGCAUCUGACACUUCUGUUAGCUCAGUGGUGCUAACAGAAGCAUGAAUAAAAUUUGUAAGAAAAUGUUCUUAUUAAUUCUAUAAUUUAUAUAUACAUAACACAGUCUCUGAAAUUUUAGUAUAAAAGCAAAAAUGAUUUGUAUUUUAUUUUUUCUUCUCUAAGAUGCAGUAGGUGUGACAAAAAUAUAGCAUUCGUUAAGACAACGUGAUUUUGCUGCUUAGAAUGCUGCUUUAUUUUUUUUAAAGUAGAAUAAUACCCGGCUACAUACAUGGAUCUGAUAAUCCUUUGCACUUAUUCAAAUGCUUCAAGUUGCUAAUUUACUGAUGGUUCCAGACAUUAGAAGGAAACAGAAAUAUCAACAAAAAACACAGCUGAAAUGGCAAAUUUUAGAAAGACACAGUAUGUUAUAUUGCUCUCACACAUACCGUGCAGCCAGCCACCCACUAUCUAUGUGGCAGUUGGUUAUACAUAAUGGAUUUUACACUAUAAACUAGAACUUUAACAUAUGCUUCAUAUCUUUAAUACAUUGGCAGCAAAAAUGUGGGCACUUCAAAUGCUGUGGGCUACAAAUGGUUGGCGUAUGCUCACAGAUAAUAUAGUUAAAUAGACUGGCAUAAACUUUACCAUCAUCAAACUGCAAGUUCUGAUUCAUCCACUAAUCCAGCCAGGGCCGUCUUUAAUAACGAAUGGACCCUGGGCAAGUGUUUGCUUGGGCCCCCUGUGCCCUGCCGCUCUCGCCCCUCACUCCCUGGUAUGCAAUCACGGCAUCCAUCCCAACGCAGUGGCGGUACUAAAGUAGAAUGAAUUUUAUUGGGACCCCCAAUUGCAAGGUUGGACUAAAGGUAGAACCCCAUCUGUCGUGCAACUCCAACAAUGCUUUGACAGCUGGGACUCUACCAAUUUCCCAUGCUUGCAGGGUUGUAUUUAGCACUGAGCCAUGUUAGUAUGUUUGAAUGUAAGCAUGUGUUUGUAUGGAGUAUGUUUGUGUGAAUGUGUUUGUAUGUGGUACUGGAGUUUGAAUGCAAGUGUGCAUUUAUGUGUAGUGUUUGUUUUUGAAUGUAGGAGUGUGCUUGUAUGUAGUGUUGACGUUUCAAUGCAGGAGUGUGUUUUAUAUGUAGUGUUGAAGUUUGAAUGGAGGGGUGUAUUUGUAUUUAAAGUUGCGGCUCAGAUGCACAGGUACACACUCUGACGCACAAGCAGAUACACAGAUACAUACACUGACUACAUACAGAUAAACAGGCACAUACACUGACAGACACACUGACACAGGUACAUAUAUUGACACACACACAGACACAUACACUGGUAGACGUACUGACAGACAUACUGACACAGGCACAUAUACAGACAUACUGACACACAGACACAUAUACCGACAUACUGACACACACACACAGACACAUACACUGAUCAACAUAUUGGCACACAUACACUGACAGAAAUACUGACACCCACACACUGACAGAUAUACUGAAACCCACAUACACUGAGAAAUACUGACACACACACACACAGGCACAUACACUGACACACACAGACUGAUAUACUGACACACAGACAUACUGGCACACAGACAGAUAUACUGACACAUGCAUACACAUGCACUGACAGACAUACUGACACAUACACAUACUGACACACACAGAUAUACACACACAUAUAUACUGACACACAGACACAGACAUACUGACACACACACAGACAUGCUGACACACACACAUACAUGCUGACACACACACAUACACUAACACACACAGACAUGCUGACACACACACAUACACUAACACACACAGACAUGCUGACACACAUACACACACACUAACACACACAUACACUAACACACAUACACAAACACACAUACACAAACACACACACACACACACACAUACACACACUAACAUACACUCACACACAUAACACACACAUACAUACACUCACACACAUAAACACACACAUACAUACACUAACACACACAUACACACAAACACAUUUUUUUUUUUUAAAAUGUAAUCCCCCCAGCCUCCUUACCUUUUGGAGUGCUGGGGUGAUUCCCUGGGGUCCAGUGGUGCUGCUGACCCCGGCGGGCUGGUGGCCAGUCGGGCAGGAAGGCGGGCGCGCGAGGGAGCACUCACUACUUCCUCUUCAGCUCCCUCGCGCGCCGCGUAGGGAUGCCGGCGCCGGAAGAUGACGACAUCUCCGGCUCCGGCAUCAGUGCGGCGCGCGAAGGAGCUGAAGAGGAAGCAGUGAGUGCUUCCUGCCCGACCGGCCACCAGCCCGCCGAGGUUAGCGGGGCCCACGGGGCAGGUGCCUCGGGCCCCCCAAGAGAAACUGGGCCCGGGGCAGCUGCCCCGUUUGCCCCGCGUUAAAGACGGCCCUGAAUCCAGCUUGCUCUUAGUUAUUAGAAGACAUUCUUUGGCUUCGGGGCUCUUGUUUGUUUCACCUGACACUUUGAGAUGUUGAAAGCCAAGUCAUUGAUCUAGGAGUCAUUUACAGAGUUUAGGAUUUAAGUGUAGGAUAUUAUAAGGCUAUUACGAUUUAAGUACAUAUCAUUGAGUGGGGUAAAUUCAUUCAGAGACCUCAUAUGGCACUCUUAAAAUAAUGGUGCUGCUAAAUUCUACAAAUGCAUUUGUCAACCUCCUACUGUAUAAUAUCCUGUGUUAAGAUUUUUAUUUUACAAUCUGUUUAAUCUCAUCAACUUUUUUUUUUUCUUUCCAGAAGCCAACUGCAAAACCAUCCACAAUAAAGACAAGUGUGUCUUCAAAAGGUGGCAAAAAGGUAGUAGCUCCAGUGAAGGCUCCUACGCCCAUCAAGAAGCCUGUAGAAGAAAGCUCAGAAGACAGUGAGGAGGAGCCAAAAGCAAAGGUAAUUUGAAAUGUUAAAACAAACAUUAGAGAUAUUCCAGCCUUGAUAUUUUUCCCCUGUCUUGUAUGUAAAUUUAUAUAUAUUUUCUCUGUAAUGGUAAUAGUAAGAAGUGGGUUUUCCUUAUUGGCAGUUCUGUCUUGGUUGAGCUAUGCCCAUACUUUUUAAAGAGUCUUAUUAUUAUUUAUAUAGCGCCAUCAAAUUCCGUAGCGCUGUACAACGGGUGGACUAACAGACACGUAAUUGUAACCAGACAAGUGGACGUACAGGAACAGAGGGGUUGAGGGCCCUACUCAAUUAGCUUACAUGCUAGAUGGAGUGGGGUAAAGUGAAACAAAGGGUAAAAGUAGGGAUUGACUGAUAUUGAUUUUUUUUUUAGAGCCGAUACUAAUACCAAUAAUCUGUGAACUGUCAGGCCGAUAACAUACCGAUAUUCUGUACAUUUACUUUUUGGUUUAUUAAUAAACAAUUUCUACACAAUUCUACAGUUAACUGAACAUGUUUAUUAUUUAUUUGUUUUUUUGCAAAUCUUUUUUUUAAUUAAGGUAAAUACACAAAAUAUACAUGCCAGAAUUUUUUUAUGUUUUAAAGAAUGUGUGUGUGUAGUGGAUGCAGUGAGAGUAUUUGAUUAGUGAAUGCAGUGUGUGUAUGUUUGUGUAGUGAAUGCAGUGUGUGUAUGUUUGCGUAGUGAAUGCAGUGUGUGUAUGUUUGCGUAGUGAAUGCAGUAUGUGUAUGUUUGCGUAGUGAAUGCAGUGUGUGUGUGUUUGCAUAGUGGAUGCAGUGUGUGUGUGUUUGCGUAGUGGAUGCAGUGUGUGUGUGUGUGUGUUUGCGUGUAGUGGAUGGCAGUGUGUGUGUUUGCGUGUAGUGGAUGCAGUGUGUGUGUGUUUGCGUGUAGUGGAUGCAGUGUGUGUGUGUUUGCGUGUAGUGGAUGCAGUGUGUGUGUGUGUGUUUGCGUGUAGUGGAUGCAGUGUGUGUGUAGUUUGCGUGUAGUGGAUUCAGUGUGUGUGUAGUUUGCGUGUAGUGGAUGCAGUGUGUGUGUAGUUUGCGUGUAGUGGAUGCAGUGUGUGUGUAGUUUGCGUGUAGUGGAUGCAGUGUGUGUAGGUAAUGUAUGUAAAAUGGGUGGGGGGAGGAACAUCUUACUGGAAGCCAAUGUAGGACUGACAGAGUGGGAAGGAGUGGGAGGUGUGAGCGGACAGGAAAAUGAGACUUGCUGCUGCAUUCAUUAUAGAUUGCAACGGUGCAAGCUGGGAACAUGUAAGACCACUGAGAAGUGUAAAGUCUCUUUAAAGUCUCACUGUGGCUGAAGACUAUAUCCUGAUGUGGGUCUCUUGCUCAUUCCAUGGAGAAUAUUAUCUGUAACCCCACUGUGAUUAUGUUGGCUUAAACAUAUAUCUAGAUUUGCAGUAUCUCUUGUGUUUUCUACUUGUAUUUUAUUGAAUUUUUCAGUAUAAAAGCGGGGAUCGUACAGGAGAAAAGAGGAAUUCAAUAACAUUCCAGGGAGAUUCCAUAGGAUAUAAUCUAUUAAAUAGUAUAACCAAUUAAAUAGCAAAGUAGUAAAAUAACUUCAGCUUCAGUAGGCAAUCGUUUUUAUGAUACAUAGAUAUUGUUUAAUCACUGAAUGGCAGAAGGUAUGCUACCAGCCCGGAAUAUUGAUGAAGUGGUAGCAAUGGUCCAGGAUAUGAUGCAAAUAAUUAUUUUCUUGUGAGCUGAUCAAGAUAGAUCAGCUGAUUUGGUCUACACAUGUGAUCAAUCUGAAAUGCAAAUAAGUAUUUUCACAAUGUAGUAGUGGUGAUGAGCAGAAGUGAGUAGAUAUUUCCUUACAAGGUAUUCUAUUACUAAACAUAUUGCUGAAUAAGACAGAUGCACAAGAUCCCUGGUUGCCAUGGCUUCCAGUGAACCUACUGUUGGCACUGAACUUUUUUUGUAUAUGUUUUAUGUAUGUCUGGAUAUACUGCUUUUGGCUCCUACAUGUUGCAUAUGUCAUCCAUUUCCCAAAACAUGGAAACAACGUUUACUGUUUGUUGGGAUUCAGCCGAUUAUCAGUCUGGGCGAUAUUCUGCGCUUUCAGCAAUAACUGUAUCGGUUCAUAAUAAUACUGAUAUUGUCGAUAAUGCCGCUGGCGGGCGCCUCCAGCACACGCUAUCUCCUGUCAUUUCUCACGAGCCCUCAGCCAGUGGGAACACCAUGCACAAGAGUUGGAAAGAAGACAGAACAUAGCGGGUGCUGGGUCCCGGGUGCCGUCACUGCAUUGUGUAACCACCUUGCAGCACCAAGCCACUGCACCACCAGCAAGUGUAAUGUCUCCCUUCCCGGGCACAGGUUAAAGGGGAAAAUAAAAUCAAUUAUUUUAUAAACAUUUUUAAAUGAUUACACAAUGUGAAAAUUUAUUUUUAAAAAUAGUCUCUCCACAGAAUCCUAACCCACUUUUUUUAAAUACACACACUGCAUCCACCACAUACACACUCACUGAAUCCACUGCGCGUGCACACACACACUGCAUCCAACAUACAUAAAAUAUUCUUGAAAAUAUAAAAUAUCUGACUGGCCUGUAUAUUUUGUACAUUUACCACUCAAUAAAUGAAAAUGAAAAUUAAAUAAUAAACUUGUUCAGUUACUGGAAUAUUUGUGUAGAAAUUGAUUUGGUUUUUUUUGUUGUUGUUUUUUUUUCAAAACUGUACAUGUACAGAAUAUCUGUACAAAUGAUUGGUUAUCGGCAUAAAAGACCACAGAUUAUCGGUAUCGGCACUUAAAGGAAAACACUUGUUUUCCUGGCACUAUAGGGUCUUUAGGUCCCCCCCCCACCACCCUCAGGGAUCCCCUCCUGCCGGGCUCUAGGGUGAGGAAGGGGUUAAACACUGGGGACUCUCCUCCCUCUUCCGAUGUCAUUUGCUGAAUGCGCAUGUGCGGCAAGAGACGCUUGUGCAUUCAGUUAGUCCAUAGGAAAGCAUUUCUCAAUUUCUCAAUGCUUUCCUAUGGACGGCAGCAUCUUCUCACUGCGAAAAUCACAGUGAGAAGCGCCUCUAGCGGCUGUCAAUGAGACAGCCACUAGAGGCUGGAUUAAACCUAGUGUAAACAUAGUUUCUCUGAAACUAUGUUUACAGCAGGCAGGGUUAACCCUAGAUGGACCUGGCACCCAGUCCACUUCAUUGAGCUGAAGUGGUCUGGGUGCCUAUAGUGGACCUUUAAAAAGCAAUAUCGGUCGAUCCCUACUAUUAAUAAUUUAUUUCUGAUAAAAAAAAUUUUAUCAGACAGCUGUUGCAGCUUUACCAGCAAACAAAGAUGCAUUUUCUAAAUUUAAUAUAGCCAGUGACUCAAAUUCCAGCAAAGGCUCCAUUGUAUUUGGAAGCUCAUAUGGAAGUGACGAAAUGCAAUUCAAGACAAUAUGAUUGAGGUGUUCCGUCAAGUAACGAGGCAAUGUCUGGAUUCCAUAGGGUAAUUUUUCACCCAAGAAAAGUAGUCUUAAAAUGAUAUAGAAUGCCCAGUUUGUAAAUUUUAUGUACGAAUUUAACUUUUCAUUGAUUCCUAAAUGUGUACUUGGUUUAUGUCUACGUUCAUUAAAUUAUUGUAUUUUUAUUUUUAUUUUCAUUUGUAUUUGUUAACAGAAGGUUUUGACAACUCUACAAGCAACCAAAGUAAAGAAAGUUGGAUCAUCUAAAGGUGCCACAAGGCCAGUGAUAUCAACUGCAGCAAAAGCUUCAUUGCCCAUGCAGCAGCUUGCAAAGGAUAGUUCAGACGAGAGUGACUCGGACAGUGAGGAAGAGCCAGAUACCAAGGUAUUUAAUAAUGAUUUACUAUUUCUGGAGAACGUGCACUGGCACGUCAUGUGUUUAAAUGUCAUAAAACCAUAAGAUAUGAUACAAAAAAGAAAAAAGAACUACUGCCAUAGAAUAGAUAAGGUUAAAAAUUAACUUGUAAUGAUAUAAUUAAAAUAGGAUAAAGAAACAAAUAAAAACUCUCAAUAUGCCAAAAAGGAAUAUAGAGAGAUACACAACAAAUAAGUGAUUAUAAUGUCCAGAUUAUUAUAAAUUGAUCAUAUGACAAAUAAUCAGCAGUUAAAUAGUAUCUAAAAUUGUUAUAAAUUGGUAAUUUCGAUUGGCUAAGUUGUUGCAAAUUAAUGCUUUCAAUUAACUUAUGCUGCAGUGCAAUAUAUGUGCUGUCUGUGAGAGGUAGAUAAGAACAAAGAUUAAUUAAAUUCCCAAUAUAGGUUUAUAAGAAGUAUUGCAAAAAACUAACUGUGCCUUUUUUCUUUUUUGAAUUAUUCCAGUUAGGGUUAACCCCUUCACUGCCUAGGUUUCAAUACCAUUAAGCUUCCAUUCUUUUUCCCAUAAGAUAUGAUGGUACAUGUUUGCCUUAAGUGCCAACAUUGAUUAAAUCCCUGCUAGCACAGGAGACUCCAAUUAUCACUAGGUAUCCAGAUUUAGCAGCUGCGGCCAGAUUUAAAGGACCAAUAUAUUGCCUGGAAAACAAACUUGUUUUCCAGGGCACCCCCACCCUCAGGGUCCCACUCCCGCCGGGCUGAAGGGGGUUAAACACUCACCUUUCUCGGUGCUUGGGACUCUCCUCCCUCUUCUGAUCUCAUCGGCUGAAUGCACAUGCGCGGCAGGAGCCGCGCGCGCACUCAGUCCAUAGAAAAGCAUUCUCAAUGCUUUCCUAUGGACGCUGGCGUCUUCUCACUCUGAAAAUCACUGAGAAACUGCUAUGUUUACAGCAGGCAGGGUUAAUCCUAGAUGGACCUGGCACCCAGACCACUUCAUUGAGCUGAAGUGGUCUGGGUGCCUAUAGUGGUCCUUUAAUGGCUCCAUGCCGACUGGUGAGCUGUAUGCCGCGCACAAAUCAACAUGGCUCUCUGUGGAUUCCAAGGUUUCAUCUGCGACAAGGAGACCUAUGGGGGUCAGCAAAGACCCCAGUCGAGUUUUCCUGCAUGUGUUACAGCCAACAGUUAUUGGCUCUUGGUUGUGUAGGCUGCCCAGCACUGUUCACUAUGUGAGUGGCUGUGACAUCUCCAAAUCUGCAGCAUGAUAGAGAUUUUCCUCUCAUACUGCAGUCUGUCAGUCAAUAUUAUUGCUGAUGUUAGUACUGACAUCAGCAGAGGGAUUCACUGUGCCUUGGUAUUAGGGUUGAAUUAAGGUUGCAUUAGGAUUGGUGUAAGGCAGUUUGGGUGAUUUAAGGAUUAGGGAAUUUUGGUGUUGGGGUAUACCUUCCCACAGUAUGCUAUACAACUCCCAUGAUUUUCAGCCAAACAAAGUUUUCCUAAAAAUGAUGGAAGUUACACACCAUUACCUUUAUUUAUUUAAAACAUCCUGUUCUAAUCUCAGUUUGAAUUUUAACUCCAGUCACUUUCAUACCGGCUUUGCAUGGUAGAGCGUCUUAAGUUGCUCUCUCUAGCUUUUUAAUUGUUAAUGUGUUCUCUCCAAUAUGUGACCUAUAAAUGCUAUAUAUAAUUUGAACUCUAAAUUGGUCAUUUUUUUUGUCAUUUUAGUUUAUAAGAAAGGAUACAAACUUUGUUAAUUUUAUUUUGAUCUUUUGACAGAAGGUUGUGGCACCUGUGCAAGUCACCAAAACAAAGACCAGUGCAUCUUUCCAAGUAACAAAGCAGCCAGUGACACCAACUCCAGCAAAGGCUCCUUUGACAGCUCCAGAUGACAGCUCAGAGGAGAGUGAUUCAGAAAGUGAAGAGGAACCAGAAGCCAAGGUAUUGAUAAAUAUUCAGAUAAUGAUCUCCUAUUUUUGGGGUGGGCUAGCUAGUGGAUAAUAUUCAGUGACAAAAAUUGUUGGUAAAAUAUUUUGAAAAGGCCAGAGAUUCACUCUUCCUGGAAAGCUUACUGUUUAUAGAGCUCUGUAUGUGAACCAGUGUACCCAGAUAUAAGAUCAAUUCUGUUGAAGUUGCUUUAUAAAGAAUAUCAUUUGUUUUGCUUUUUCAAUUGAUAAACAGAAGAUUGUGGUCAUACCGCAAGCAACUGACGCAAAGAACUGUGUGUCUGCUAAAGGUGGCAAGCAGUCAGUGCCACCAACGCCAACAAAGGUUCUAUUGCCCUCACAGCAACUUGCAGAGGACAGCUCAGAGGAUAGUGACAGUGACGAAGAGCCAGAAGCCAAGGUAUUUAGAAUUAUUCAGGUAUCCUUUAUGGACCUGUACGGUGAUUUGUAAUUAGCAACCCUGUGAAAAAAUACUAUUACAAUGACCAUGGGUGCCUUAAUGUUAUUUAUUUUAUACCGGAUUAAUUUUCAUUUUAAUUGGUUCCUUAAUGCAUCGGGAAUUUAGAAGUUUCAUGUAUUUGUUAACAGACAAUAAAGUUGGAUGGUUGUGAUUUAGUUUUACUAUCUAUAUUUUUCUUUUGCUCUUGCUGUUACAACAGAAGGUUGUAAUACCAAGUCAGGCAACCAAAGCAAAGGCCAUUGCAUCUUCUAAAGUCAUCAAGCAGCCAGUGACACCCACUCCAGCUAAAGCUCCACUACCCAUGCAACAGGCUGCUGGUGACAGCUCAGAGGAGAGUGACUCAGACAGUGAUGAAGAACAAGUAGCCAAGGUUAUUUGAAAUUUUUUGGAUAUUGUUUAAGUUGUGAAGUUAUUUUACUAUGACAAUAAAUUAUUUUUGAACUUGGACCGUGCUUCAAGUGUUGGCCAUGAGUUUAAUUAUUUUGAUCUUUUGUUACAGAAGGUUGUAGCACCUCCACAAGCAACCACAGCAAAGGCCAUCGGGCCUUCUAAAACUUCCAAGCAGCCAGCGACUCCAGCUCCAGUAAAGGCUACAUUGUCCACACAACAACUUGCAGAUGACAGCUCAGAGGACAGCGACUCAGACAAUGAGGAGGAGCUAAAAGCCAAGGUAUUUGUAAAUGUUUAGACAAAGCUCACAGGGCAGGAUGUUGGUGAGCAAUUUCUUUUGUCAACCGAACACAAUAAAAUGGCUAGCCAAAGCCAGAGAGCUAUGACUUUUUAAAAGCUCAAUAAAUGGACCUCCGUUUAUUUAAGUCUCUGUGUUGAUUUCUAAGUUAUACAAACACAUUAACCAGCCUCUACCAUUAAAUACCUAUCAGUAUUAUAAUCUCUACUUUUCUCUUUUUCGUAUGCUAACAGAAGGCUGAAGCACCUCCGCGACUAACCAGUGUAAGUAAAAGCACAUCCAAGCAGCCAGUAACCUCAACUCUUGCAGAUAGCUCAGAGGAGAGUGACUCUGACAGUGACGAGGAGCCAGAAGCCAAGGUAUUUAACACCUUUCAUGUCUAAGCCAUUUCCAAUAUUCUUUUUAUGCAUGUCAAUGUGUUUGUUACACUGUAGGUUUUUUUAUAUCUUGUUUUUAUUUACAUUUUUAUGUUGAUUACAUCAGUCAUUGAAGAUAUGACCCAAAGAACAAUCAAAUACAUAGGAUACAGAAAAGCAAAACAGGGGUGGGGACGGGACAGACCAUAACAUUUUUGCAAAAUGCAUCUAAAUUUAUAAACCAUAGCAUCUCAUACAGUAACGGUUAUCUCUCUUGCGUAUAUUACAAACCACUAACUUGUCUACAGAUGGAUGGGGGGGGAGAAAAAAAGAUUAAAAAGAUUUUUUUUUCUCUUUUCCUUUUUAUAUUUUUAAGCGCUAUGUAGCAAUGUUCACAUAUUGGCACAUAUUGAUCUCUUAUUUCCAACCACUGAUGCCAUCUUCGUUUGUAUAGGUCCUCUCUACCCUUAACUCGGCUUGCCAUUUUUUCAUAGAAGCUAAAAUAAUCAAAUCUGCUCAGGACCUCUGAUAUUGUUGGUGCUUGUGCUUGUUUCCAUUUAUGAGCAAUGGUGAUUUUUGUUGCUGUUAAGCAAUGAAUAAUCGUAUAUAUUGCUUCUUCCCUAAGUUGUGUAGGAAAUAUAGGGAGUAAAAAACAUUCUGGUCUGAAUGGAAUAAUGACCUUCAAUACUAUCCUAAAAAAUUUGUCUAUAUCCUCCCAUAGUUUAGUAAUGCUCGGGCAAAGCCAAAAGAUAUGAAGUAUAGACCCCUCGUGUUAGUAGAUAAAUCGGUCUUAAGUUAGCACAUUCAGUGGGCACUUUACCUGGUUUAGGUAGAGUAAUUAUAUGGACCAAAAGCAUUUCUUCCGGUAAAGACCUAGCAACCUUAAAAUAAUUAAAUAAAUUUGUAAGAUAUGGUGUAAGUUGAGCUUCAAAGAUUACAUAAAAAUUAUUUGGAAACCCAUCUGGGCCCGGAGCUUUAUUUUUAGGAAGUGUAUAUAUCGCCUUUCUUACUUCAUCUUCAGAAAACUGUUCAGAAAGAACAUUGCAUUGUUGGGUGGUUAAUCUAGGCAAAUUAACCUCGUUAAGGAAGGUGGAUAUUUCAUCCUUUGAAGGCUGGUACGUAUUUAUGUCCAAUCUUAAAUUAUAUAAUUUGUGGUCAAAGGAGCCCAACUACUCCACUACAUCUUGCGGAUUGUACAAUUUUAUGCCGUUUGAAUCUAUCAAGAAUGGAAUUUUGGUCUGUAAGUAUUGGGACUUUAAUUUGCUUGCUAAUAAUUUACCAGCCUUAUUGCCCUGCGAGUAAUGGGUCUGUUUUAGUUUCCUUAAUUGUGUCUCUAUUACAUUUACGGACAUCUCUUGUAUUUUCUGUUUGAGUUUAGCUAUCUGUUUAGAUAUUAUUUUAGAGGGUUUCAAUUUAUUUGCUUUAUCUAAUUCGCUAAGUUUGUUUAGGAGACUUUCCUUAUCUGCCGAUAUCUUUCUUUUCUGUAUUGAGCCUGCUUGAAUAAAUAACCCUCUCAGGACCGCCUUAAGUGUCAUACAUUUUAUUACAAUGCUUGAGGUAUCAAAGAGAUGAUCAUUAUAAAAAUACCUAAUUGCCAUGCUUAUUUGGGAAACUAGGUUUGUUUGAUUUAAGAGAGAUUCAUUAAGGCACCAUGUGCUUCUACCCCCUACUGCGAAUUGUGCUCUAAAGGUGGUGACAACCGGUGCAUGAUCAGACCAAACCCUAGUACCUAUUUUUAUCUCAGAGACAUUUAUUAAUGUUAAUUUGUCUAUUCGAGAGUAGGUGCUAUGUACAUUUGGAAAAAAAGGUGUAAUCUUUAUCGUUUGGGUAUAAACUGCACCAUGUAUCAUGCAAAUUAAUGAGUUUAGAAAAUUUUGAACUCAAGAGGGUGGCCUAGUGUAACGGAUGUUUACCAUUACUCCUUCUUUUGUCAACCGAACACAAUAAAAUGGCUAGCCAAAGCCAGAGAGCUAUAACUUUUUAAAAGCUCAAUAAAUGGACCUCCGGUUAUUUAAGUCUCUGUGUUGAUUUCUAAGUUCUACAAACACAUUAACCAGCCUCUACCAUUAAAUAUCUUAUUAGUAUUAUAAUCUUUACUUUUCUCUUUUUGGUAUGCUAACAGAAGGCUGAAGCACCUCCACAACUAACCAGCGUAAGUAAAAGCACAACCAAGCAGCCAGUAACCUCAACUCUUGCAGAUAGCUCAGAGGAGAGUGACUCUGACAGUGACGAGGAGCCAGAAGCCAAGGUAUUUAACACCUUUCAUGUCUAAGCCAUUUCCAAUAUUCUUUUUAUGCAUGUCAAUGUGUUUGUUACACUGUAGUUUAAUGCAUUUUAGUGCACCUAUACAUUCUGUGUGUUCUUUGUAUUCUAUAUUUUUUUUUAAAGCCAUGGAUCCCAUCAUGUUUACCGCAAGGUGCGCCUCAAUGAGAGAAGCAUGUCCAAAGACACCUAUUUUUAUUUGUACUGUUUCAUCUUAUAUAUGAUUAUAGCAUACUAGAUAUGUAUGCAUUCUUCCAGUGCUUGAAAACCACUGUUUUAAAGAUCAGCUAUGGCUUUCUUAUGGUACCCCUGAUGUUUUGAAUAGCAUAACAGUACAUAAACAAUAUAUAUAUCUGUUAAUAUAAAAUAAAACUCAUGUGAAUAAGUGAAAAAAAUAUUGCUGCUGAUGGUUGUUGGUCAUAUAAUAUUGCUACUUUUCUAGUGGUGAGUGGUACAUUGUUGGAAUUUUAGGUUAUACUAUUUCCAUCGCCAUCUUAUUCACUGCCUAGGGCUUUCUAUUAUUGUUAGUGUUACUUGUGUCAAUAAAUAUAAUACUUCCAUGGAACCAUUUGGAGUCCUGCAUCCUGUCUCUUUGGAUCCUGUUGCCAAUGGUGGCACCCUUGAGCCUUUUUUUACAGAAACAGGCACAGCUAUGGGUCAUGUGAGUUGCAUUCUUACCCCAUCCUCCUAUCACGUGUGUUACAGUUCACACUAUGCUGUUAUUUUAUUUUAAGUACCUAUACUGCCCGGUUGUACCAACAUACAUUUGUAUAUUUUGUCACUUAUUCACAAUGGUUUUAUUUUAUAUUAACUGGUGUAUAAAUAUUGUUUAUGUACGGUUUAAAGUGUUGGAGAAGCACUUUUUAUGCAUCAGUUUGUCACUUGGUAGUGUACUUAUAUAAUCUCCUGAAGCUCCAUUCAUUGGAAUUAAGUUUGCGUCAUUCACAGACCCCCUUUGUCUGCAUCUGGACAAAACAAAAAUCCAAUAUUUUUGCUCGUUGGCAGCUCUAGCAGCAUGCGGUCAAAUAGUUAAGAACCCUUGAGUGGAAGAGUUAAUUAUGUGUCUGCUUUCCACCACUAGCCAGCCCCACAAUGAAAAAUUUCAUAAAUAAAAAGUACCUUUGGAGUUCAAUAAGACCACUCUCCUUUACCUGCUAAUGAACACCAGAUAUUGGACUUUAAAAUAAAUGGCCAGUGGGUGAGGGCUAUUUAAAAAAAAUAAAAAAAAAUAAAAAAAUGGGAAUAAGCUCUGAUUAUACCACUGGGCAAGUGGACCUGUCAUUCUCCACUCCCCCUCACCCAGGUAGUGGACUGUCUACUACCACCUGGGAAGCUAAGGGUCUACAAUCCCCUAGUAACACUCCUAAUAAUAUUAGGUAACCCUACGUACUCUUAUCACCCUAAUAAUAGAAUGGGGGACAUUAAAGCAAAUAUCUGGAAAAUAACAGCACAAGUCUUCUUUCUUCAAACUCUUUUCUUCAUCCCCAAAGAAGGCCAAAUUAAAAUCCAUAAUUUCCAACGCAACUAAUGAAGAAAAAAGAAAAAUGAGAAUUCAAAAAACUCUGCAUUAAAAAUUAUUAAUCUUAGCCCUCUAUAGGCUCUGCGCAGACAAAGCUUGCGUAGUGGAGAAAAUUUCCUGUGCUAUCCAAUAUGAUUAACCGCUAUAGGCACCCAAACCACUUAAGCUUAAUGAAGUGGUCUGGGUGCCAGGUCCAGCUAGGGUUAACCCUUUUUUCUGUAAACAUAGCAGUUUCAGAGAAACUGCUAUGUUUAUAUUAGGGUUAAUCCAGCCUCUAGUGGCUGUCUCAUUGACAGCCGCUAGAGGCGCUUACGCGCUUCUCACUGUGAAAAUCACAGUGAGAAGAUGCCAGCAUCCAUAGGAAAGCAUUGUGAAUGCUUUCCUAUGAGACUGGCUGAAUGCGCGCUGAAGAAAGUUAAGUUUAACCCCUUCCACCCCUUAGAGCCCGGCGGGAGGGGGACCCUGAGGGUGAGGGCACCCUCAGGGCACUAUAGUGCCAGGAAAACGAGUAUGUUUUCCUGGCACUAUAGUGGUACUUUAAUAAAACCCAGCUGGCCAGCUACCAUAUAAUUCAGAUUAAGAAACAAUGCACUCAUAAAACACAUUUCUAAAUUCUAUAAGGCUACUUAAAAUUGUAGUGAUUGGCUUAACACAAUAUGGCCAUAUAUAUAAUGGAACUGAAUCACCAUAUUUGUUUGCUGAGAGUUGAUUUUCAGUAGCCUUAUAGAAUUUAGAAAUGUUGUGUGUGCCGUUCCUUAUCUGUUAUGUAUAAAUUUUGGUCACUUCGGCAGCACCAUUCCUGCAAGAUGCAUGUUCCGGGUGUCCCCCCAAUUCCCUUUUGUUUUUAUCUGCCAUAUAAUUAACCCACUAAACUGCACCUAAAGUGACACUCCACACUCAUGCACUUCAGCUUGCAUUAUGUGUCAGGAGCAUCUCCUCUUAAUUGCACUUUACAAAAGUGCUGAUGAUCUCUGUUUAAAAUCAGCACUUUUGUAACAAAAGUUUAUCUUUUUCCCCCCAAUUCUUUUAGAGAAUAGCACAUCGCUCCUGCCUUCUCCCACAGUAAAAGCAUGUCACUUAAGCCCUGUCUGUGAACUCCAGGGCUUUCCUCCAGGCGCAUGCUCGCAGCUGAAAAUUAGGUGUCUCUGCGAGAAGCUUCACAUGCGAAAAGUCUGUGCUGGAGAUAAAGAGAGGACUUGCAAAGAUCUGCAGCUCUUACUUUAUAGAACACUAACCCUACUUCAUAGCUAAACCUAACUAACCCUUAUCCUUGAUUGAGGCUGUGUGAUCAUGAGCAAUAGCCCAGUACAUGCCUCUAUCUGCAUGUAAACCAUGCUCCAAUGAUUGCCAGUGUUUUUUAAUGACAAUUGGCAAGUGAAUAUUCACCCCUAAUGUGCCAAGGACCCUCCAGGUUUGCAGUAUUAAGUAAUGUUUAGAUCUGCCUUAUAGCUUAGGACUUCAUAUAUUAAGCCCUGACAAAGAGGUAAAUAAGUUUAGGCAAAGUUCAUGGUAUUGGGUUCCUGUAGGCCUCCGCGUCACUCUAUCAAUAAUUCUGGUCGUUAAAUUACCGGUAAAUUAGUUGUUAGAAUCCAAGCCGUCUGUCAAGGCUAAUGUUUUGGGUUUUUAUUUUAGUUUUAUGGAGUUUCUCCUUAAUUGUAUUUUUUUAUUUUAUCUUAUAUAUUGAUUAGAAGGUGUGACAAGUCAUGGUUUAUAGCAUUUAGUUUCUAAAUGCUGCAUAUAUCAAUCAAGCCCAAAAAUAAAAUAUGCUUUUGGUUAUCAAAUUAUGGUAAUAUUUAUUUUAAUCAUUGUUAUCUUUUGUGACAGAAGGUUGUGGCACCCUUGCCAGCAACUAAAGCAAAGGAUGGCACAUCUAAAGUUGCCAAGCAACCUGUUGCUACAACUCCAGCAAAAAUUAAUUUCCCUAUGCAGCAGCACGCAGGUGACGGCUCAGAAGAGAGUGACUCGGACAGUGACUCAGAAACAGAGACCAAGGUAGUUUGGUAGGAUUUUGAUGCUGCCAUUUACUAGCUAUAUGUUACAAGCACAUAAUGUGCAUUACAACAGAAUUAAGACUGGGAUAAAUGAAACAUAGAAACAUAGAAUAUGACGGCAGAUAUGAACCAUUUGGUCCAUCUAGUCUGCCCAAUUUCUAAAUACUUUAAUUAGUCCCUGGCCUUAUCUUAUAGUUAGGAUAGCCUUAUGCCUAUCCCACGCAUGCUUAAACUCCUUUACGGUGUUAACCUCUAACACUUCAGCUGUAAGGCUAUUCCAUACGUCUACUACCCUCUCAGUAAAGUAAUACUUCCUGAUAUUUGCCCCUCUAAUUUCAGACUGUCCUCUUUGGUAGUUUUUCUAUUUUUAAAUAUAGUCUCCUCAUUUACUGUGUUGAUUCUCUUUAUGUAUUUAAAUGUUUCUAUCAUAUCCCCCCUGUCACGUCUUUCCUCCAAGCUAAACAUGUUAAGAUCCAUAUAGCUUUCAUCAGAAUGUGGACAUACAGACUGCUGGCACUCCGUGGUGUUUGGAAUAACCCUUUAAGUAGAUUUUUGACCCCCUUCCUUAUGCAAGGGAGAAAGGCUAUAUUUUUGUUUUGUUUAGGGCAGCGGGCAGUUUGUGUGCAAUGUUUUUAUUCCUAAUGACUAACUUGAACAUAGUUUUUGGUUGUUUUUUUUUUUAAACUCGAAAUGUUAUUCUGAAGAAGGAGGUAAUGUUGAAAGAAACAUAUAAGUAUCAAUUUUAAUUUUUUUUAAAUGUAUCUGUGAUGGUACACACAACUCGGUCAUCAUAGAGCAAACUUAGUGCCUUUUUCUUUAAUUGCAUUUGUUACCAUCAGGUAAUAUGGGAAGCUGAAUUUUGUCCUUUAUAACUUCAAACGUGAAGAUCUUAAAGUUUAAAAUAAAUUUAAAGUUAAAAAGUUCCUAAAGAGGCAGUAUCUGACCGCUGUCAGGGCUCUGUUUGUUGGCCAAAUGUCAUCAUUGGAAAUUGUCAGAAACUGCAAUUUUUGCAUUGUCUGUGAAAAAGGACAGCAUCUAUACAUCAAAAACACUGCAUUAAGAUGUAGGGGCUUAGUGUCCCUUGUGUUUUGUAAGGAAAAAAAAAUGUAUGCAGUAGACACGUGUUCAUUAAAUGCUAUUUUUACCUGUAUAUUAAGGUAGCAAAAUCCUAGCAAAUUACUGAUAGCAACCAAAGGCAAAUCUGCUUCUAUGCAUUAUGAAGGACCUGUUGGAAGAGGCAAAUUCCAAGGUGUUAUAGCACAUUGCUUACACUUUUGUAACGAACUGAAGGAACCUUCUUAAACAUGUUUUCUAGCAUUUAUCACUUUAGUGAAUAACCCUGAAAUAAUUUCCAAGGGAAAUUCUAAUUUAAGGCCAGAAUUGGCAAAAAUUUAAUUAACGGGUAGAGUUUUUCUGACUUGGCUAUUUUGGCAGUGCAGUGCAAUUAUGGAUUUAUGCAUUAUGAAUUAUGCAUUUUUUGUCUAUAUUCGCAUGAUUUAAUGGAACAUUUCAAAUGCAUGGUGUCCUGGGUACACUUUACACCUGUAAAAUAAAGUGAUAAACCUACCUUAAUCCAGAAGAGAAUCCCUCCCACAACUCUGCUCUGCCCAGCAGGAGACCAUCAGUAGUAGUGAUCAGCCCCCCCACCCCCAACAGAAAUCUUCUUAUAGAGAACCAUUAUGGCAGAGUGCAGCAAUCGUCCCGCUGUCUGUCUGUGCAUAGUGAACUAAAUGCUUCACUAUGAGAAACAGUGUUCCAUUCGUGUUGGGGCACAAACCAAUCAUCUUGAUAGCUGGAAGAAUGUAACCCCCUUUACUUGAUAGCUGGAAGAAUGUAACCCCUUUACUGCUUUAAAGCUCCUCAUGCAUUUGAAGUUCUGUGGAGGUUUGCAUUGUUCCUUUAUAUAGUAAUUGGUACCUGCUAUGUUUAAUUGAAUACAAUGCAAUGGAUUUUUGUAUGUGGUUUUGAUUUUUCAAUUAUUAAAAUGUUAUGAUUUAACACAGCAUUGUUUCUUUCUUACUAUCCAUUUGUGUUUGCUUCAUAGACCGUGAAUGCAACCCUGAAAGCCUCAACACCAGCAUUAAAGCCUGCUUUGCAGCUACCAAAGGCAACCAAAGGGAAAACAGGGAGCCCUGCCAAAGCCGCCACAUUUGUAAGACCAGCAGAUGAGAGUUCAAGCGAUAGUGACUCAUCAGACAGCAAGGAAGAAAAGGCAGGAUCUCAGGUACUGUUGAUAUUGGGCUGCAGCAUGGUGCCAGGUUUGGCCUACCGGAAGGAAUGUUAAAUGGAAUAUCAAGUAUUUGGGUUACUUAACAUAUAUUUGCUGUAUAUUUAAGCAUUUAUUUCUGUAAGUCAUUUACAUUCUUUGGUUCUUAUUUAUAUAUUUUCUUUGUCUUCUCAAUAUUUUCAUAGAAAGUUUUACCAACACCAGCUGUGGUCAAGUCAACUCUGAGGCCCCUGCUUUCCUCGCCCCCAUUGCUAAGCUCUACUCCUUCUGAGAUCAAACUAAUGAAAAGCAAGAGUGUGCAUUCUGCUAAUACUCCAUCCAUAGUGAAACCAUCUAUGGGCAAUAUCUCUAGCGGCAGCAGUGAUACUGAAAGUGAUGAUGACCUAACACAGGUAUUACUGGAAAUUGUAAGAAAGUACUAGCACACAGGCUGGGUGGACUAUAUUCCUCAGAAUGGCUUCCAUGACCCAUUGUGAACAUAGUCUUUAACCUUUGAUUUGCAUUAUGGGAGCUUAUGGUACACUGAUGUAUUUAACAGCAGCUCUGUCACCUUUUAGAAACCUAGAUUGUGACGGCAGCUAAGAACCAUUCGGCUCAUCUAGUCUGCCCAAUUUUCGAAAUACUUUCAUUAGUCCCUGGCCUUUUUUUUUUUUUAAUAGCUAGGAUUGUGUAAUGUCUAUUCCACGCAUACAUAAACUCCCUCACUGUGUUAAACGCUACUACUUCAGCUGAAAGGCUGUUCCAUGCAUCCACUACCCUCUCAGUAAAGUAAUAUUUCCUGAUAUUAUUUUUAAACCUUUGCCCCUCUAAUUUAAGACUGUCCUCUUGUUGUUGUAGUUUAUUCUUCUUUUCUAUCAUAUCCCCCCUGUCUCGUCUUUCCUCCAAGCUAUACAUGUUAAGAUCCUUUAAUCUUUCCUGGUAAGUUUUAUCCUGCAAUCCAUGAACCAGUUUUGUAGCCCUUCUCUGAACUCUCUCUAAGGUAUCAAUAUCCUUCUGGAGAUACGGUCUCCAGUAUUGCAUACAAUACUCCAAGUGAGGUCUCACCAGUGUUCUGUACAAUGGCAUGAGCACUUCCCUCUUUCUACUGCCUCUCCCUAUACAACCAAGCAUUCUGCUAGCAUUUCCUGCUGCUCUAUUACACUGUCUGCCUACCUUUAAGUCAUCUGAAAUAAUUACCCCUACAUCCCUUUCCUCAGAUGUUGAAGUUAGGACUCUAUCAAAUAUUUUUGAUUCUGUCCUUGGGUUUUUACAUCCAAGAUGCAUUAUCUUGCACUUAUCCACAUUAAAUGUCCACUGCAACAACACUGACCAUUUUUCUAGUUUACCUAAAUCAUUUGCCAAUUGGCUUAUCCCUCCUGGAACACCAACCCUGUUACAUAUUUUAGGAUCAUCAGCAUAAAGACAUACUUUACCAUCAAGACCUUCUGCAAUAUCACUAAUAAAAAUAUUAAAGAGAAUGGGUUCAAGUACAGAUCCCAUAGGAAUCCCACUGGUAACUAAACCUUGUUUCGAAUAUACUCCAUUGACUACAACCCUCUGUUGCCUGUCAAUCAGCCACUGCCUUAUCCAUUCAACAAUUUUGGACUUCAAACUUAAAGUUUGCAGGUUAUUAAUAAGCCGCCUUUGUGCAACAGUGUCAAAAGCCUUACUGAAAUCUAUGUAACGUUUUGGGCCAAUUGGGACAUUGCUAUUUUGUGUGUGAUGGCCUGGGGGUGCAGAGGAAGGAAGGCUUCACUUAUGUGCAGCUAUCACUUGCAGGUGCCACCCUGUCCCCCAGGGGAUCCUUGUCAGCUUCUGGUGCUUCAUCUGCAAGGAGUCCACACCGGUGCUGUACUUGUUCACAUGCACGAGGGUACAACAUGAUUUCUAUGCUGAAUCCUGUGUGACUACAGACUGCCUCUAGAACAUGCCUUUUUCCUCACAGUCAUUACUAGUGACAGCAGGGGGAAUUUACAAAAGUUGAUGGCUUUGACUUAACCUUUUGUCAAAUGUAGGGGAAAGACAGAGUUGGAUUGCCAAUUAGACACUCAAUUUUUUAUUUUUUUUACUGGGAAAGAUAGGACUGAGCUGCUUAAUGAAAUGUAUUGAAAUGUUAUGAUAUUGCCAAUAGCACACAAUCCUAUUAGUUAAAUCGAUAUUCUUCUGACUGGGUACCAGAGUGUUCAGAAAUUCCACAAUAUCUCUGAUUUAGUAAAGCAAGCAUCAAAUAGUUACAAAGCAAAAUUAUUGUUUGACUUUUUUCAUGAGGUCCUUCUUUUUCUGGAUUUUUUUUGAAUAGAUAACAAGUCCCGUGCCUGUGGCUGUUGAGAAAAUCAAAGAGAAAAUGCCACUUAAAAGUACUGAACCUGCCACAACCAUCCUUGGUGUAGUCAAGAGCAAUGUUGCAAGUGCAGUGAGAAAACCUGUGGCUAUCAAGGGGGUUUCUUCCGAGAGUAGCGACACUUCAGACAGUGAGGAUAAACCUGCAGUGAAGGUAAGAACAGAAGAAAGGGAUCAGCGCUCUCUAUCUAUACAAAAUACAACAGAAACAAUAAUAAAUAAGUAAAAAGUGGCAGCACACCUAAAAAGUAGGGCUCCCUCACAGGCCUUACAACAGAAAUGGUACAGAAAAAAGAAAGGAAGGCAGCGCCACUAUAAACCACAUAAAUUAAAAGAGCACAGAAUAGGCAGACUAGAAUACAAUAUAUAUGAUAGAUACUAAGCAAAAUAGAAGUCCAGAAUAAAUAGUCUGACUGGUAGAUGAAUCAAACAACGAGGUAUAUCCUUGUAGAGGUGAAUACAGUCUUUUGUAGUGGGGGAUUCUUCAGAGUGGUGUAGAUGCGUCUUUGUACAUCAUAUGAAAUGAGAAAAUAACAACUGAUGGUAUAGUAUGUCCCGAAAGGGGUAGAAGCAAUAAAAGAGUAUAUGGUCCUACUCACGUUUUCAAGAGCUAUGGACUUGGCUCUAGUGUUGAUAACGUACAGUGGUAUAAUCCCCACUUAUGGGAUACGUGAGGUCUUAGUAUUCUUUCUUGAUUAGGGGACCAUAUGUGGAAAUAAAAGCAGGAACAACAAUGGUGCUCAAAGUAUAAAAUGCCAGAGGUGAGAAGAUAAAAAACCAAGUGGUUACUCACAUUUAGUUGAACAGACUGACUGUUCAAUGAAUACAGCUUGAGUGGUAUAAUCCCCACCUAGGAUUCUUGGGAGUAAUAUCCUCACUGGAAAGUAAAAACACUUCUGUGCUGGAUAAAAGGAUGGUAGUAAUAAAAAAGUAAAAUAAUAAUAGUAAUAAAAAGUAAGAUGGCUAACUCACAGUAAGAAAGUGGCCAAAAUACCUUUAUUUAAAACAAUAUAGUUUAAAAAAACCACAACGCGUUUCGCCCUUAGGCUUUAUCAAGUGGAGAUCAGAAAGUACAUCCUGUUACAUACAGGUUUAUAUAGGCAGUGAACAUAUUAGAAAAUGGUGCCAAAAUGAUGUCAUAAUUUUUUUUUUUCUCAAAAGUGCUACAUUUUAUAUGUGUAAGUGAGUACAUACCUAUAUGUGAAACAUGUGAUAGUUUAAAAUUAAAAACGAGGUUUUAAACUCACAAUACCUUACAUAUUCUAUUUAGAUACAACAGUCACAUGAUCGGUGGCCAUUUUUUUUUUUUUUUUAUUUUUCAGAAGUGCUAAACUUUAUAUGUAUCAGUGAAUACAAACCUAUAUUGGAGACAUGUGAUAGUCUAAAAUUUAAAUUAAAAACAAGGUUUUAUACUCACAAUACCUUGCAUAUUAUUUAAAUAGAACAGUCACGUAUAUAAGUCACAUUGUAUAAAUAUGUACUUCAUGCACAAAAUAAUUAUAAAAGAUAAUAAAAUAUAAGAAAUAUAUUAUAAAAAAUUAAUUAUAAAAAUUAUAAAAAAUUAUAAAAAAUUAUAAAAAAUUAAACAGGUCGAACUCUACAUUAAGACCUUCGGGGGUAAGGGUUUUUAAAAGGAACACCCAGUGCAUUUCUUUUUGUCCCAGUAAUUUUUUGAGGUCACCUCCCCUCCAGGGUAAUUUACAUCUUUGGAUCCCAGUACAUUUUAAAAAUUUAGGGUCUUUGUUGUGUUGGAUAAAAUGCUUUGAAACAGAGUGAUUAGGGUAGCCUUUGAUAAUAUUUCUACAAUGUUCUGCUAACCUUAUUUUUAAGCAUCGUGUGGUCAUACCCACAUACUGGAGGCCACAUGGGCACUCCAAUAGGUAUACAACAUUCUUAGUAGUGCAACAUAUUAAGUCUUUAAUAGGGUAUGUAAUACCGGUUUUGUUUGAGGUGAAUUGUGUUGUCUUUGAUGUGCUGUUUUGGUCAGUGGAUCUGCAGACAAUGCAUCUGUUGCAUUUGAAAAAACCUUUAGAAUUUGAUAAAAAUGAUGGAUUGCUUGUAUUGGCUUUUUUUGUAUAAUUUUUAGUAAGCAUUGUCUUUAGGUUUGGGGCCCCUCUAAAAAUGAUAUGGGGUUUAUCUGGGAUGAGUGUCUUUAAAAUUUCAUCUUGUUUUAGAAUGUGCCAGUGUUUUUGAAUAGUUUUUUUCACAAUUUUAUUCUUAUUGUCAAAGUUAAAGAUGAUCGGUAUGGAUGGUGGGUCUUUAUUUUUAUUCGUAUUAUAUUCUAAAAGCUCGAGUCUUUCUUUUUGUUUCACUGCUUUGAGGGAUUCUUCUAGCUUUUCUUUUGGGUAAUUUUUGCUGAUAAAUUGAGCUUCUAGUGUUCUAGCUUGUUCGUCAAAAUCUGUAUUAAGGGAACAGUUCCUGCGAAGACGUAGGAACUGACCUUUAGGGACCCCAUCUAACCAUGGUUGGUAGUGGCAGCUUGAUCUGUCAAUGACUGUGUUGGUGCACACUUUUUUAAAAAAAAGUUCUAGUGUUAAUAUUCCCAUCCUGGAUAAAAAUUUGGAUGUCUAAAAAAUUUAUUAAAUCUUUGCUGUGUUCUGAUGUUAAAAUGAUGCCACUAUUGUUGUUGUUUAGAUGAUUUAAAAAAGUUUAAGUGAGGUUUCAGGACCUUUCCAGAUAAAAAACAAAUCGUCUAUGUAUCUAAAAUAGGAUACUAGGUUUGCUUUCCAGGGGUGAUCUCCCCAGAUUGCUUUAGACUCCCAAUUGUCCAUAAAAAGAUUGGCAUAACUUGGUGCAAACCUAGUACCCAUAGCUGUGCCUUGUCUUUGAAUGUAAAAAGUGUCUAAAAACCAAAAAUAGUUAUUUGUUAAAAUCAUUUUUAUCCCUUCUAAGAUAAAAUUAAUUUGUUUUCUGGAAUUUUAUUAUCCGUUUUUAAUCUAUUUAAAACUGCUUCACACCCUAAUUCGUGGGGGAUUAUGGUGUACAAAGACUGGACAUCACAAGUGACUAGAAUAAAAUCUGGAUGCCAGGUAAAAUGUUCUAAAAAACGUAAGAGAGACAUGGAAUCUUUUAAGUAUGACCUCAUAAGUCUGACUGAUGGUUGUAAUAAAAUGUCAAUAUACUCUGAUAAGUUUGAUAAAACAGAAUUGAUCCCGGAGGCAAUAGGUCUACCUGGUGGAUUGGUCUCAUUCUUGUGUAUCUUUGGUAAAAAGUAUAUGACUGGAAUUUUUGGAUGAGGUAUAUUUAAAUAAGCAAAUUCUUUUUUGUUGAGGAUAUUGGAAUUUAAGCCUUUGGUUAAAAAUGAUAUAAGGGAGUUUUGGAUGGUAUGGGUUGGGUCUGAUAGUAGCUUGUCAUAUACUUUGGGGUCAUUAAGCUGUCUAGGGCGGCCUAGUUAUACUCUCACAAGAAAUGUACAUUAAAGAAGCAUUUAGACAGCUUAAUGACCCCAAAGUAUAUGACAAGCUACUAUCAGACCCAACCCAUACCAUCCAAAACUCCCUUAUAUCAUUUUUAACCAAAGGCUUAAAUUCCAAUAUCCUCAACAAAAAAGAAUUUGCUUAUUUAAAUAUACCUCAUCCAAAAAUUCCAAUUAUAUACUUUUUACCAAAGAUACACAAGAAUGAGACCAAUCCACCAGGUAGACCUAUUGUCUCCGGGAUCAAUUCUGUUUUAUCAAACUUAUCAGAGUAUAUUGACAUUUUAUUACAACCAUCAGUCAGACUUAUGAGGUCAUACUUAAAAGAUUCCAUGUCUCUCUUACGUUUUUUAGAAAAUUUUACCUGGCAUCCUGAUUUUAUUCUAGUCACUUGUGAUGUCCAGUCUUUGUACACCAUAAUCUCCCACGAAUUAGGGUGUGAAGCAGUUUUAAAUAGAUUAAAAACGGAUAAUAAAAUUCCAGAAAAACAAAUUAAUUUUAUCUUAGAAGGGAUAAAAAUGAUUUUAACAAAUAACUAUUUUUGGUUUUUAGACACUUUACAUUCAAAGACAAGGCACAGCUAUGGGUACUAGGUUUGCACCAAGUUAUGCCAAUCUUUUUAUGGACAAUUGGGAGUCUAAAGCAAUCUGGGGAGAUCACCCCUGGAAAGCAAACCUAGUAUCCUAUUUUAGAUACAUAGACGACUUGUUUUUUAUCUGGAAAGGUCCUGAAACCUCACUUAAACUUUUUUUAAAUCAUCUAAACAACAACAAUAGUGGCAUCAUUUUAACAUCAGAACACAGCAAAGAUUUAAUAAAUUUUUUAGACAUCCAAAUUUUUAUCCAGGAUGGGAAUAUUAACACUAGAACUUUUUUUUUAAAAGUGUGCACCAACACAGUCAUUGACAGAUCAAGCUGCCACUACCAACCAUGGUUAGAUGGGGUCCCUAAAGGUCAGUUCCUACGUCUUCGCAGGAACUGUUCCCUUAAUACAGAUUUUGACGAACAAGCUAGAACACUAGAAGCUCAAUUUAUCAGCAAAAAUUACCCAAAAGAAAAGAUAGAAGAAUCCCUCAAAGCAGUGAAACAAAAAGAAAGACUCGAGCUUUUAGAAUAUAAUACGAAUAAAAAUAAAGACCCACCAUCCAUACCGAUCAUCUUUAACUUUGACAAUAAGAAUAAAAUUGUGAAAAAAACUAUUCAAAAACACUGGCACAUUCUAAAACAAGAUGAAAUUUUAAAGACACUCAUCCCAGAUAAACCCCAUAUCAUUUUUAGAGGGGCCCCAAACCUAAAGACAAUGCUUACUAAAAAUUAUACAAAAAAGCCAAUACAAGCAAUCCAUCAUUUUUAUCAAAUUCUAAAGGUUUUUUCAAAUGCAACAGAUGCAUUGUCUGCAGAUCCACUGACCAAAACAGCACAUCAAAGACAACACAAUUCACCUCAAACAAAACCGGUAUUACAUACCCUAUUAAAGACUUAAUAUGUUGCACUACUAAGAAUGUUGUAUACCUAUUGGAGUGCCCAUGUGGCCUCCAGUAUGUGGGUAUGACCACACGAUGCUUAAAAAUAAGGUUAGCAGAACAUUGUAGAAAUAUUAUCAAAGGCUACCCUAAUCACUCUGUUUCAAAGCAUUUUAUCCAACACAACAAAGACCCUAAAUUUUUAAAAUGUACUGGGAUCCAAAGAUGUAAAUUACCCUGGAGGGGAGGUGACCUCAAAAAAUUACUGGGACAAAAAGAAAUGCACUGGGUGUUCCUUUUAAAAACCCUUACCCCCGAAGGUCUUAAUGUAGAGUUCGACCUGUUUAAUUUUUUAUAAUUUUUUAUAAUUUUUAUAAUUAAUUUUUUAUAAUAUAUUUCUUAUAUUUUAUUAUCUUUUAUAAUUAUUUUGUGCAUGAAGUACAUAUUUAUACAAUGUGACUUAUAUACGUGACUGUUCUAUUUAAAUAAUAUGCAAGGUAUUGUGAGUAUAAAACCUUGUUUUUAAUUUAAAUUUUAGACUAUCACAUGUCUCCAAUAUAGGUUUGUAUUCACUGAUACAUAUAAAGUUUAGCACUUUAAAAAAAAAAAAAAAAUGGCCACCGAUCAUGUGACUGUUGUAUCUAAAUAGAAUAUGUAAGGUAUUGUGAGUUUAAAACCUCGUUUUUAAUUUUAAACUAUCACAUGUUUUACAUAUAGGUAUGUACUCACUUACACAUAUAAAAUGUAGCACUUUUGAGAAAAAAAAAAUAAAAAAAAAUUAUGACAUCAUUUUGGCGCCAUUUUCUAAUAUGUUCACUGCCUAUAUAAACCUGUAUGUAACAGGAUGUACUUUCUGAUCUCCACUUGAUAAAGCCUAAGGGCGAAACGCGUUGUGGUUUUUUAAACUAUAUUGUUUUAAAUAAAGGUAUUUUGGCCACUUUCUUACUGUGAGUUAGCCAUCUUACUUUUUAUUACUAUUAUUAUUUUACUUUUUUAUUACUACCAUCCUUUUAUCCGGCACAGAAGUGUUUUUACUUUCCAGUGAGGAUAUUACUCCCAAGAAUCCUAGGUGGGGAUUAUACCACUCAAGCUGUAUUCAUUGAACAGUCAGUCUGUUCAACUAAAUGUGAGUAACCACUUGGUUUUUUAUCUUCUCACCUCUGGCAUUUUAUACUUUGAGCACCAUUGUUGUUCCUGCUUUUAUUUCCACAUAUGGUCCCCUAAUCAAGAAAGAAUACUAAGACCUCACGUAUCCCAUAAGUGGGGAUUAUACCACUGUACGUUAUCAACACUAGAGCUAAGUCCAUAGCUCUUGAAAACGUGAGUAGGACCAUAUACUCUUUUAUUGCUUCUACCCCUUUCGGGACAUACUAUACCAUCAGUUGUUAUUUUCUCAUUUCAUAUGAUGUACAAAGACGCAUCUACACCACUCUGAAGAAUCCCCCACUACAAAAGACUGUAUUCACCUCUACAAGGAUAUACCUCGUUGUUUGAUUCAUCUACCAGUCAGACUAUUUAUUCUGGACUUCUAUUUUGCUUAGUAUCUAUCAUAUAUAUUGUAUUCUAGUCUGCCUAUUCUGUGCUCUUUUAAUUUAUGUGGUUUAUAGUGGCGCUGCCUUCCUUUCUUUUUUCUGCAGUGAAGGUAAGGCUAAGAUGGUUUGCAAUAAAGGUAGAGCUGUAGAAAAAAAACAUACUGCAGAGAAGGGGAGCCUCAUGCUUUAGCCGCUAUAGAUUGCUGUGGUAUGGGGUGUUUGUGUGAAUUCUAGAAAACUAUUACUUUUCUCACUUUGGAAUCAAGUCAACAAAAUGACAGUUUAAUUAUUCAUGACUAUUAUGAUAUCUGGACUUUGUCAAACAUUGUGAAACAUGCAGUCCAAACUUGCUAAAUCCUUCUUUGAUCCUAAUAAAAGUUUAUUUUAAAAUGCAUUGAGGCAAUUUCUCUGUUGCUAAAUUCAGAUGGGACAGAAAUACUUUGGAGGCAGAUUUGCUUCUAUUUUUUUUUUUUUUUUGCUGUGUCCUCUGUUUGACUCAAAUCUCCUAUGCGAUUAGCGCCUGGAAAUAGUGAAUUCCGAGUGCACUCCUUGAGGUGCAGGUUUUGAUUUUAGGAAAGAGAUAUUCUCAGAUUAAGCUGCUAGCUUUGUCAGUAGGUUUUAUCUGAACUGCUAUUUCCGUGUAAUGGGCACAGAGAGGUCUGUUUUGUAUAUAGCUACAACAUAGAACUAGAGAGCUUUACUUAGUGAUAUAUUCAGGCGUGGAGAGCAGCAAAACAUAGAAUAUAUACUAUUUAUUUGAGGCUUACAGUAAUACAUUUCUGCCUUGUGUCUUAUAUGAAUAUUAUUUGCUGACUUCUCCCAACCAUAAAUGAAUCUCAUAAAUUAGUGACCUAGUAAAGACAAGAAACUAAUUGAAAAAUGUUGUAUUACAGAAAGCAAUCUCCUCACCUCCUGGAAAUAUCCCAUCCAGCCACAUCUCUGCAGGCAAGUCUAAUAACAUAAUCGUCAGCUGUGUGUGAAUAAUUGGUGUGCAUGGGAUCUCUUGUUUUAUUAGAUUGCAAGAGCUGGCAGAUUUCUUUAAAGGGGCACUAGAGUGUCAGGAACACAAACGUGUAUUCCUGACACAAUCCUUCUAAAACCACCGUCCAGCACUGCCCAUGGCUCUUUGUGUCUGGCCCACCCCCCGAUCCGCCUCCUUGGCUGACAUAAUCAGAAUUGAUGACUUCAGCCAAUUUAAUGUUAACCCACAGGAAAGCAUUGAGAUGCUAUUGCGCAUGCAGCACUGCGCCAAUCAGCAUCUCCUCAUAGACAUGCACUGAGUCAUUGCAUGGGCAAAAGUAACAUCUCAAGGACAUACUUGGAAACCCUGAGCAUACUUUGUUGUUAUUAUCUCUAUGGGGAACGUCCAGCAUCUCCAUGCAGAGCAUAGAGACGCUGAACGACAGUGCUGCAUAUUGUGCAGAAGUGCCCCCAGAAAGAACCUCUAAUGGCCGUUUGAGAAGUGACUGUAAUGUAAGCAUUCUCUGAAAAGGCAGUGUUUACAGCAAAAUGCCUGCCGGGACUGACUAUAGACACCAGAACAAUUACAUUAAGCAGUAGUUGUUCCGGUAACUAUAGUGUCACUUUAACCUGCUUUUUAGUUUGCAUUAUGUUUUGUGAUGAAGAAUGAAACUAUUCUGUAAUGAGCUUUAUUUUGCCUGUUCCAGUUAUUCCAAUUUAUUUUCCCGUUCAUCCCUUCACUGUGGCAUUUUGGUUUGCUGCCUAGUCUUUCAUCAAGUGGCUUUAAUUACAGUGUUGAAUAAGAAGUUCUCUCCUUGUAGCAAAUUACCAAAAUUCACCCCGUGUAUAAGUAAUAACAGUUUUCCUUACGUCUCCUGCAGCCACACAUCAUCCAUAAUUACAGUGGUGUUUAAAGGUCUAAUGACAGCGAACAUUCAUGGGAUUUAUUCAUUGUAGCUGGAUAUAUCAUACCCUUACCUUGCAUUCAUGAUGCACUCCUGCCACUUCUCUAAGUGAUCUUUUUCUUUUCUUUUUUUAUUCCUGUCUUAGAAUCUGACAUGGCAGCAAUUUUCAAGCCAGUUGAUACUAACUGAUCUGUGGAAUUAAUAUGUAUGCCCACAAUACACAGGAGCUGCAUUCAUCUGCUCCAUCAAAAAAUUUAAAUUGUAGUGAAUCUGAGACGACUAUAAAGCUGAUCUGGAUACUUGGGGUAGAAUUUUAAUUUGCAGAAUUAACAAAAAGGCUAAUUUGCUGUUGUGCAAGCAUUUGUAACAGCGGUUAAGCAACUUUAACCUUAUUGUAUCUAUUUUGUGACUUUAAAUUAAAGAAACACUAUAGGGUGAGGAACACAUCCAGUAUUCCUGACCCUUUAGUGUCAAAAUCACCAUUUAGGUGGCUUGCCCCCCACCCAUUAGAAGGGGUUAAAACAUACCUUAUUUCCAGGGCCACCGGCACUGGCCCUCCCUCUGUAGGGAAAGCAUUGAAUUGGUGAAAUUGACCAGGAGGCAGGGGCGAGGCCAAGCACUGUUUUGGUCAAUCAGCAACUCCUCGUAGAAAUGAAUGAAUCAAUGCACCUCUGAGACAUUUCAGCAUCUCCAUGCAUAGCAUGGAGACGCUGAACGGCAGUGCUGCCUACUGUGCAGCACUGCCCCAGGAAGCACCUCUAGUCGCCACCGGAGGUAUCCCGAGGGGGCAAUGAUUAUACUCACCAAAGCAAAUAUAAUAUGAUGUAGUUCUAUAGUGUUCCUUUAGGCAGUCUCCGUUCAUAGGUUUUAAUUAGGAAUAUUUAUUGUGUUACUCACUAAACUGGGCAUUGUAGCUAAUUAACAAGGGAGUAACACAUUUUAGACCAAACUUAAGCUGCAAACGUAGCGGAGUUGGAUACUCUUUCCAAUUCAUUUUUUUUUUUUUUUUUGCCUGAAAUUUACAGUUUCUGUACCAAUUCUUGGCUGUUCUUUUUAACCCCUUCAGGACGGAGUCAAUAGUGCACGUUCUGAUCAAAACAAAACGUAAACAAAAACUGGAAUUUUCGCUAUAUGUCUCUUCAACCAUAAUUCACCGCUGUCACAUUAAGUGCACCCACACUUAUAUAUCAUUUUGUUCAGGAGAAACAGGGCUUUAAUUUAUCAUUAAAGGACCACUCUAGGCACCCAGACCACUUCAGCUUAAUGAAGUGGUCUGGGUGCCAGGUCCAGCUAGGGUUAACCCAUUUUUUCAUAAUCAUAGCAGUUUCAGAGAAACUGCUAUGUUUAUUAAUGGGUUAAGCCUUCCCCCUAAUCCUCUAGUGGCUGUCUCAUUGACAGCCACUUGCUUGCUCAAUUUGAAAAUCACAGUGAGAGCACGCCAGCGUCCAUAGGAAAGCAUUAUGAAUGCUUUCCUAUGUGACCGGCUGAAGGCGCGCGCAUUCAGCCGAAGGGGAGGAGAAGAGGAGGUUCGGAGGAGGAGAGCUCCCCGCCCAGCGCUGGAAAAAGGUAAGUUUUAUCCCCUUUCCAGAGCUGGGCGGGAGGGGGACCCUGAGGGUGGGGGCACCCUCACUGCACUAUAGUGCCAGGAAAACGAGUAUGUUUUCCUGGCACUAUAGUGGUCCUUUAACUAUUCAUAUAUGGAACAUAAUUUAUUAUGAAUAAAAUUUAAUAAAAUGUGAGAAAAUAAGAUUUAUUUUUUAAAUUUGUAUUUCCGUCUGACAUUUUAGCUGUGAAUGUCAUAAUACUGUUAGGUUUUACUGCAAAAAAAAUGCACAUAUUUGUAAUCAGAAAUGUCUCACGAGUACAUCAGUUCCCCCCAUUAACAGGUUUUAUUGUGUUUUGGAAAGUUACAGGGUCAAAUAUAGAACGUUCCAUUUUCAAAUUGAAAUUUGCCAGAUUAGUAAUGUUACCUUUGAGACGGUGUGGUAGCCCAGGAGUGAGAAUUACCCCCAUAAUGGCAUACCAUUUGAAAAAGUAGACAACCCAAGGUAUUGAAAGUGGGGUAUGUUUAGUCUUUUUUAGUAGCCACUUAGUCACAAACACUGGCCAAAGUUAACGUUCAUAUUUGUUUUUGUGUGAAAAAAGCAAAAAAAAUUAUAUUUGGCCAGUGUUUGUGACUAAGUGGCUACUAAGAAAGACUGGCCAUACCCCACUUGCAAUACCAAUGGGGGUAAUUCUCAUUCCUGGGCUACCAUACGCUCUCAAAGACAACAUAACCAAUCUGGCAAAUUUCAAUGUCAAAAAAAUGAAAUUCAAGCCUUAUAUGUGACUCUCUAACUUUCCAAAACACCAUAAAACCUGUACAUGGGGGGUACUGUUAUUCUCGGGAGACUUCACUAAACACAAAUAUUAGUGUUUUAAAACCGUAAAACAUAUUACAACAACAAUAUAGUCCAUAAAAGUGCCGUUUGUUUGUAAAAAAUGCAAAUAACUUAACUUUUACUUAAAAUAUCAUCGUUGUAAUACAAUUUACCAGUUUGAAACACUAAUAUUUGAGUUCAGCGAAGUCUCCCGAGUAAAACAGUACCCACUAUGUACAGGUUUUAUGGUGUCUUGGAGAGUUACAGGGUCACAUAUAGUGCUUGCGAAUUAAAUUCUCUGCACUUUCUCCCUGUGUUGUCAGGCAUGUCAAUCAAAUUUUAAUUCAUCAAAUCACAUAAUUAUGUUAAAAGAUUACUUAAAUAUACAUGUAGAAUUUUAAUAUAUAUGCAUUUAUAGGUACUUAAAUUCUACGUGUAUACUAAUGUAAUCUUUUUUAUGUAAUUAUAUGUAUUUAUAUAUAUAUUUGUGGUUAUUUGUAUUUUAUAUAUAGAUAGAUAUAUAUAGAAUGUCAUUCUAAGUGUAUUUUGUUACCUAUAUAUAUAUUAAUAACAAAAUACAGUUAGAAUGAAAUUACAUAUGAAUAUAUAAUUUAUAUUAAAUUUUGUUUCAAUAUUUUAUUUAUUUUAUUUAUUUUAAUUAUACGUGUGUGUGUGUGUGUAUAUAUAACGUCAUUCUAAGUAUUCUAAUACUAGUAUAUGUACUUAAUAUUAAAAUACAUUACGUAUGACGUUACAUAUAUAUAUAUAUAUAUAUAUAUAUAUAUAUAUAUAUAUAUAUAUAUAUAUAUAUAUAUAUAUAUAUAUAUAUAUAUAUAUAUAUAUUAAUUAUUUUUUUUUACCUUUCCCACUAGCAGGGGGACUGUCUGACAUUUCAGACAGUCCCCCUGCUGGCAGAUCCACAGCCAGCUAUAGGGGGCCAUGCGAUCACUCUUUGAGAGCGAUCACAUGGCCCCCGGGGGCUUCUUUUGCCGUGGGAGGGCUGCCUGGGCUGUGAGGCAGUCCUCCCGAAGCAGAGCACCGGGUAGGUAAGUAUCCCAGACACUCCAGGGCUCAAAGCCGUUACAGCGUUCUAUGCCGUCGCAACGGCUUUAAAGCCCAAUUAAAGCGGGACGGCAUAGAACGCCAUAAAGGCGUUAAGGGUUAAUGAACACUCCUGACCAUGAAUUGCUUUUUCAAGGAGCCAUCCCUCCAGACUCCAAACACUUGUCAAGCUCUCUUGGAAGAAAUUUUUUUUUUUAUAUAUAUAUGAAGAGCAAACUUUUAAACUUGCGUAUACUCACACAGUUACCAGAUCACAUUUACUUUAUGUACACCAUACCAAUGUUUCAUAUUGUGAGGCUAUGCAUGAAAAGCCUUACUGGAGGUAUUCAUAAUUUGGAACAGAAAACUAUUCCAGCCUGGCUCCCAAAAGAAAAGUUAAGUUUUAAUUUUUGUCUUUCUGCUUCAGUGGACAUCCCCUAUUAUCAUGGUAUUUAUUCACUUAACAUUUAAAACGACAUCUAUAAAAUGUAUGACAAAAAAGCUGGGAAGUGCAACUGGGUGUUCCAUUUCAGUAAUUUUGGCCUAGAUUUUGUGUAUUUACUACAAUUAUCUGCAUAGUGAUUAAACUUAUAAGCUCAUGUGCACCUACCUUUGUGCUUUAAAUGUACAAGCCACAAGAAUGUGCCAGGCUUGAAUUUAAAGCAGCACUGUCACUGACUGUUCUUUGUCCCUCACACCGAUACAUUGUGUUGUAGUGUUUAUUGAAGUGACUAAAACUGCACACAUGCCAUGUUGGCUACACUACAAAUGCAGCACAACCUAUAGCUAUCUUUAACUUAGCUAUUCAAUUUUACACAAAUGUCAGUAAUGACAGUUACAUAGUUACAUGGCUGGAAAGAGUCAGUACAGUUCAGCCUUCCUUACCUAUGUUUUUGUUGUUGAUCCAAAAGAAGACAAAAAACCUAGUCUGAAGCGCUUCCAAUUUUGCAACAAACUAGGAAUAAAUUCAUUCUUGACCCCAAAAUGGCAGUCGGAUAUCUCUUUGGAUCAAGGAGGUUUUCCUCCCUCUUCUAUAUGGGUAUUUUCUUGUUUGUUUUGGUUUCUUAUUUGGGGGGAGGGGCGGGGUAAUGUUUGCAUAAAAAGAAACUAAUUUUGUUUUCUUGCCAGUUUAAUACCCAGCCUUCUGUUUUACUUUAUUCUUUAUGCUUCCUUAUUGAUGUUAUUGUUUUUUCACUUUAGCAAUACAGAGUUCUUCCGAAGAUGAAAGUGACAGUGAGCUAGUUAACUCACAGGUACUGAUGCUUCUAUUCUUCCUGCCAUAACAUCUUGUGACAUUUGUUGUGUCUCUACCAUUUCAAUGCAUGUAUUAUUUCCAAACACUUAACCUCUUAAGGACUGAGCCAAAUGUACACGUUUAUGUAAACAAAUGUAAACAAAAACUUGAAUUUGCGCUAUAUGUCUGUCCAACCGUAAUUCACCUCUUUCAUAUUAUGUGCACCCACACUUCUUAUAUAUCACUUUAUUCAGGGGAAACAGGGCUUUCAUUUAACAUCAAAUAUUUAGGUAUGUAACAUAAAUUAAUAUAAAUAAAAUAUUAAAUGGGAGAAAAUAAGAAUUUUAAAAAAAUAGUUCUGCGUGACAUUUUAACUGUGAAUAUCAUAAUACUGUUUGCUUUUACUGCAAUAAAAUACACAUAUUUGUAUUCAGCAAUGUCUCGCGUGUAAAACAGUACCCCCUAUGUACAGGUUUUAUGGUGUUUUGGGAAGUUACAGGUCAAAUAUAGCAUGUUACACAUUUCUGUUUUUUCACAUUGAAAUUCGCCAGAUUGGUUUCGUUGCCGUUGAGACCAUAUGGUAGCCCAGAAAUGAGAAUUACCCCCAUGAUGGCAUGCCAUUUGCAAAAGUAGACAACCUAAGGUAUUGCAAAUGGGGUAUGUCCAGUCUUUUUAGUAGCCACUUGGUCACAAACACUACACAAACACUGGUAACCCGUGGCAACGCUCUGACGGCUGCGGGACUCGCAAGAUUUAUUCUGGGGGGGGGGCUGAAGGGAAGGUAAGUAAGAGGACCGCCAGGCUUGUCAUGCUUUCCUAUGGAUAUUGGCGUCUUCGCACUGUUAAAAUCACAGUGAGAAGCGUCUUUAGCGGCUGUCAAUGAGACAGCCACUAAAGGCUGGAUUAACCCUAAUGCAAACAGCAGGGUUAACCCUAGAUGGAACUGGCACCCAGACCACUUCAUUGAGCUGAAGUGGUCUGGGUGCCUAUAGUGGUCCUUUAAAGGAACACUAUAGCGUUAGGUAUACAAAUAGUGCCCUAUUGGCCUUUAGGUGAUCGAUCCUCACCUGCAUGGAAUAAAAAAAGAUAUUUUACUGAUCUUUUUUCCCCCUUGCUGCAGCGGUUUCACAAGGAAACUCUGCCUCCUUCUCUGAGAUCAUAGAGAUCGAUGAUCUCAGCCAAUCCAAUGCUUUCACAUAGGAAAGCAUCAGGAGGCUAGUGCAUAUGCGCGGCAAAAUGCGGUACUGUACCGGUCAUAUGGUAACUCUGAGACCAUAUGAUAGAAAUAGUAGUGUAUUUAUCUAUUUGUUCAGAAGUGCCUCUGUAUUUCAAAGGCUAAUUUACAUGUGGAGUAACUAUAAAGAAACAUAAUAUAGUGUUGUAAUACAUUACAAAUUCAGUAGAGUACAGCAGUGUUGUAUUUUUUUAUUUUAUUUUUGUUAUUUAAAGUGGCACUGUCACCCCCAUAUUAAAAAUGAAGCUUAAAUUAUUUUAUGAAAUACUCUUUAUGACUGAGAUAGAAAUUCACUGAAAUUUCAACCCAGUCCAGAGAUACUCCGAGACAGUGUAGGGACUACUUUAUCUCUGUAUUUUUCUUCUCUGCCUGACUUUCUUUGACAAAAGGUGCAGUCUAAUAGUCAAUUUCCCCAUCUGUCACCAGUGACAGCUGCAGGGAAUUUGGAGACCUCAAUGUGUACAAUUCCUUACCUGCACCUCUCCCCCCCUGUCCCACCACCCCAAGCGGUAAGAGUGCCACAUUAAGGUUUGUAUUGUAUUGAAUUUGUAAUAAUUCUGUUUUCUAUAUUUGCUCCACAUGUAACAUUGGCCUCUGAUAUUAAAGGAAGUCCCUUUGUAUACUGUGCGUAUGUAUCUUCAGUAAUUUUCUGUACAUAUAGGUUGUGUAUUCUCUUUUUAUUUAGAACUGAAUAGUUGUCUGCCCUUCUUGCUGUCUUUUUAUUUUUAAGGGUUAUUCCAAGCAACAUGCUUUUAUAAGUGGUCAUGGUGGUAGGAGUCAAUAUGUUCAGUUUUUCUGAUUGAAAUAAUACUGCACAUACUGAGAUAUUGGCACUUGUGUGCCGGGGCUAGUUGCACACCUGCCAUAUAUCAGUUCUGUAAAUGAAGUGAUUGUCAUCACUGCACACUGGCAGUGAACAUAUUGAGUUUCUUGGUAGUCCCCUUCUUCCCUUCUUGUGUGCAGCCCUUCCGCCUACCCAGUUGGAAGUACACAGAACUUCCUGUGUCUCUUCCCAUUCCCUCUUUCCCUCCCAUUGCAUUCUAUUUGAGUCAGUUAAAUGGUCCCAUCAGAGGCUUGUUUGUGAGAAGUUUUUGAUUGGACCUUUGUGCGGCUGAUGUGACGUCAGGAAGGAGAGUGGAAAUCUGCACCAGGAGCUUCUUUGCCCAGCACUGGAUUCAGCAAUAUCUUUUUUUUUUUUUUUUCUACCUCCUUUAUAGUUAUAUUGGUGGGGAACCUCAAGAAUAAUACCAAAUAGGUAAUUAUUCAUUAAAAAAAAUAAACAUUAAGAAAAGAUGAAGUAAUCUUUUAAAGUGUUUCGGAAAAAAGGUGUUAAUUCUCUUAGCCAAUAUCCUUGGUUUAAGCUUUCAAACUUCCGGUUCUCCAUUACAAGUUCUAUUAAUGCUUGAAGGCCAUUCGUUAUCCCUAACUAUUCCGGAAACUUACUUCAUGUGGAGGUUAAAUGUCAGGAAUAUAAAAUCCUUCCAUUUUAUGUAUUUUUUUUAGGAACAUGUUGGCCAGCAGACUAUUAAUAGGAGCAUUAUGGUUCUCCUUUUCUUUAUUCUCUCAGGCACUCCUCAAAACACCAUUGCCCGCACAAGCCUCCUCACCGAAAGUAAAAACGGACAAAAAGAACAAACAAACUUCAGCUCCUAACAAAGAAAAGAAAAAAAACAAAUCAAAACCCAAAGGAAAGCCUACAGCCACACCUGCUCAGCUUUCAAGUAAGUUACCAUGUUAUGUAUACUUUUACAAAAAUGUAUUUUAUUUUUUUGCUUUUUCUUGUUGGACAGAGUUUUUUUUUCAACAGCAAAUACCUUCAAAUACAAAUAUUUAUUUUCAAUGUACAACUUAGAGACUAAUUCUGUGGUUUUACGUAUAGCAAAGCAAGCCUAUUUUUGCAAAGCAUAGCCUAUCAUUGCUGUCCAAAUUUGUAUGCCUAAUGUGAGACACAUGAUCUCAGCAGGAGAAAAGGUUCAAAUUGGUUGUGUAAAACUCAUAGGGACUACACCAUGUGCAUUAAAGCAAACUGUAUUGGUCGGGAGGCAGUGCGUGCGCAUUAGGCCCUUCCCAUAUGAGGAUUUCACUGACAAUGGAUGUUCUCAUGCAGAGCGUGAGGACGUCCAGCAUUAGUUAGACAAAUUGGAGUCCGCUAAACUCCUGGAAGUGCCUCUAAUGGCUGUCUGGUAGACAACCACUAAGCCAGUCUUAGUCCUGCAAUGUAAAAAUGAGUUUCUUAUACAGCAAUAUUUUCCAUUGCAGGAAUAAGUGAGACCACGACAUUGCACCCCGAUGACUUCAAGGCGCUGCAGUAGUCUGGGUGCCUAUCGUGUCUCUUUAAAAGAGCACUACAAGCACCAUAACCACUACUGCUUUAGUGGUUAUGGUACCAUGAGUAUCCCCUGUGCCUUCCCAUUGUAAGUAGUCAUAACUCUUUAUGAAUGGCUUGAAUUCUUUUCUGAAAUGGGGUUGCAGAAUGCCUUUUCCAACCUGCACUAACAACGCUGGACAGCUAGUAGAUCUUCAACAGGGCAAUGUAGGCAGCAGGGGUGUGGCAGGGCACCCCUAGCACCAUAACCUACAAAGAGCUUUAAUUGUUAUGGUGCUUGGAGUGUUCCUUUAAAUAAUGCUGUAUCAUUUACUUAAAUUGUGAAAACCAUAGCCAAAUACUCCUCAAAAAUUACCUACUUCUGUGACUGAUUUGAAUCUCAUCUGCUUAUCAUCCACUCUAGUGCUUGAAUCUGAAGAGGAGACUGUGCAAGCCUUGCUGGAAGGAAGAAGUCCCAAAAAAAACAAGGUAAAAAAUGAUGGAUCAAAGAAGAAAGUGUCAACAUCAAAGGUGGGGACUGCCCCAGUACUCCCUGAACAGGACCAUAAUAAGCAUGGAUUGACUCCCGCUCUUCCACAACCACUCCUACCAGUGACUGUCACACCUCUCCCGCAAUCUGAAAAGAAGAGCAGUAAGAAAAGAAAACUCCCCACAGAAGAUGGACUUGCCAAGAAGAAAGCCAAACUUGACAAAAAAGCAAAGAAGGAAAAGAAGAAAGGAAAAAAAUCUAAAAUGGUUGAGGGAGAAGCAGGAGUCUUGGAACCUAAGGCUAAAUCCUCCAAAAAGGACAAAAAGAAACCUGAUAAAAAGUCAAAGAAAAGUAUGUAUUUUUUUGUUUGAGAGAACAAUCAUUUAAGGUGCUGCAGAACAAAAAAUAUACAGCCUAACAAUUUGCUCAUCAUUUUCAGCAGACAGUUACUUGGUUUAAAAUCAAAUAAUUGUUUUUUUAUUAUUACAUAAUGUUAUUUAACUAAUGACAAGGGCUGUUUUGUUCCUUAAAGAGUAACUUUGGCUCCUUAACAACUUCACAUCAAUAAAGUUAUGUUAUGGAGUCCCUGCAUGCCAUCUUACCUUACAGUGCUAAGGCUUUUUCAAAUGGUCUAAUAAAAAGGUUCUGUCCCCUGGUGCCCAUCAUAUCACAAAUCUAUCUUUUCAUGCAAAAGCUGGUGCUCUCAGCCGGUCACUCGCCUCCCAAGCCAAAGCUUUCCUAUAAUACGAGCAGCCCAGGAGAGAGGAGUGAGGAUGCGGCUUGAUAGGCACCUGCGACAUUACUUUGGAAUUAAACACUGGAAAAAACAUUUAACACUAAUAGAUAAGAUGGCACAAGUAGACUUCAGAACCCAUGACCACUUCAUUGAGAUUUAAGAACAAGAGCAAAAUUAUUUGUUCAAAAGUAAUUUCCCUCUUAUUAAAUUCACAAACCCACAUUAUACCAAAUGCAAAGGACUCAAUUUUGCUUUCUUUUUUUCUUUUUAUACCCAAUCUAAAUAUAUAACUCAUUUAGUAGAGGGAAAAUUGGGAGGGGGUAAUUUUCAGUUAUACUUGUUAGAAUUUCAUUACUAGUGCUGCAAAAGAAAAAACAUGUAAAUAUAUGAAAAUUCGAGACAUAUGAGGUCUCAAAAUCCGCACACAUGGAUUAAUCUUCAUUUUACACAGUUGCGGGUCAUAUAUCUUUUUUACAGCUGGGCAUUUUCAAAUUUUGAGAUGUGGAAUAUUUAACAUAAUAGUUGUCACUGUGUUUAUGUCUUAAUAUAUAAUGUAGUUUAUAAAAAAGACAAUUUAAGUAUUAAUCUAUGGAACGUCUUAUGCUUUUGAUGCAGUCAUGUGACCAAUCUCUGCCAAAAAAAAUAGGUAACAUCCUGCUUUAACACAUUCAGGGACAACAUUGAAUUUUUGUUAGGAAUUUUGUAAACCCGAUUUAUUCUACUAUGGUGAUAUCCACAAAAAAGUGUUCACUGAGAAAUUAUUGGGUAGUUGCGUAGGCCACCAUUUUGAACUGGUGUAGUGUAAAGGGCUAGCCGAUAAACUUUUUGGGGAAUAAGAUGGGCAUGUUCUGCACCUAAACCUCUUUCACCCACAGUCAUUUUAAAGUAAGAGGCAUGUGCAAAUAAAAAUAUAUAUAUUUUUUUUUUGUGUGAGAUACUCAUCCCUUUGCUGCUAUAUAAUACAAUGAUGAAGGGAUUACGUUUUCUUUGUGUCACUUAAAAUUGCAGGGAAUGAGAGUAGACUACCUGUGUUGGAAAUGGAUUCAUUUUUCUAAUUUUCUUUAUAUAAAAUUUACAUACAAAAGGAAAUUACAGCAUAUGCAUAGUUGAGAAAAAGCUUUUAUGUGAGAAAAACAUCCAUACAGUAGUAUGAAAUAUACAUUCCAAAUACUGUAGUGAUGCCAUUGGGGUGGCACUAGUAGUAUCCUAGAGUGUGUUUUUUUUUUUUUUUUUCCCUCCACCUUUUUUCUCUUUGAUUCCUUUCACUCUCCAAAUCCCGGUGUUUCACUCUUAAAACCAUUAAAGAACACUAAAGCUUUAAGUAAUAAAAAGCUGCUUUCACCAUGACCAUCCAAUCCAGUGCUUCUCUUAGAGGAGCAUUGUGGAGGAGUCCCAUGUAUGUGGCCAAUGAAAUGCUUCUGAUAGAAUCCAGUGCUUCUAUGGACUGCAUUCGAUGAUGUUUGACAUCUUCAUAGACUUUGAACAUGACUUGACCGAGUGAAACUCCAUCAUUGCAGUGCAAGUGCCUCUAGUGGCUGUCAGGAAGAGGCGUGUCUAACCAAUCAAUAAUACCAUAUCUACUAAAACCUUUUUUUUGAAGGGCUAAAACUAGAGGGGCACUGCACCCGCUCCAAUUGAAAAAAAAUUUGCCCUUCCUUAAAGGAACCCUCUGGGCACCAACACAUCCUACAUGAAUUAUAUGAGCUUUGGCCUCAUAUUUUCCCCAUGUUCAAAUGUCACCACUCAUGCUUUCACAAAACAUUCUUCCUGAUGCUGUGUAGUUUAGCCAAUGAGAGAUCAGUGUGAACUGAACUACUGACCUGAGUCGAUCCUACAGCCAGUCACUGUUCUCUUAUUAUCUGUAUCUGUUUCGAUGCCCUGCUGGUGGGAAAGGAGACAUAUAAUAGGACAUUGGAUGUGAGCUUCGGUCAUGUCAACAGCUCUGCUUACACUGAUCUCUGAUUGACCGAGUUGAGUAAUUACAAUCAGGAAGAGGUGUUGUGAAAAUGGACGGUGUCUAAGAGAAUGGCACUAUGCCUUAUAAAGCUGAGAAACUUAAAUGUAAGGGAGUGCACACACGUGUUGAAGCUAGUAUCACUAAAAGCUAUUUGAAAGCAUGAGUAUUUAAGUGUCACUGCACAUUUUUUUUUUUUUUUUUGUUCACUGGCUUCGUAAAUUAAGCAUAUUGGAAUUAAUUUAUUUGUUCUGUAUUGUUCUUACAGAAAAGAAGGAAUCCAAAGACAAGAAAAAGAAAAGCGGAGAGAAAACUGACCCAGAAGCUGCACAAACUGAGGGGUCACACAUUUCUAGUACUGACAAAACGUCUAAGCCUAAGAAAAAGGUAAGUAUUCUUUUAUAAUUCAGAACAAUGCGUGUUGCUGUGCAACAGUAGAUUACCCAACAAACUCUAUAAACAGAAAAGUAAAGUUUUAAAGUAAUAUAUAUUUUUUUGUUUGAAGCAGUAUAUAUUUGUGUAUAUGUAUAUAUACUACAUAUAAGAUCCAGUGCACACGCUCAUUCACUAAACAGCAAUUUCAAGUCUCACAGAAUGUAAUAAUUUAAUUUAAAAACACCUCACCAAAAAUAAUGCGGGUUUAGUUACAUUAUAUGAUCACACAUUGCAUAAGCCUGCCACACCGUCAAUGUUCCCCAUUCUUGGCAGGUCCUACUCUAGCAGCCUAAUGCAUGAUCUUAUGAGAUUAACCCACUUACUUGGGAAAUGCUUCUUAGUGGUCAAGGUUAAAUAUGGUCCUUGAAUGAGGCACCUGUGACAGGGAGAGGUGCAAAACUAUAUCUGUAUGUAUAUGUAUGUGUGUGUGUAUAUAUAUAUAUAUAUAUAUAUAAAUAUAAAUAUAAAUAUAAAUAUAAAUACACAAGAUCCAGCGCACUCACCUAUACACUAAACAUCAACUUCAGUGUUGAAAGAUUUUAUUAUUUUUUUGUUUUUUGUUUUGUUAUGUUUGUUUUUUAAAACACCUAAUCUAGGCAAAAAUAAUGGGGGUUUAGUUACAUUAUAUGAUCAUACAUUGCAUAAGCCUGCCACAACGUCAAUGUACCCCAUCUUAUAUAUAUUAGUAGACAUUCGUUGUCACUACGGCAAUGUGAUAAGGAAAACUUGUGAUGCAUAAAACGGGCUAAUACCUAGAUGGGAAUUGGUACCUAAAUGUAACUUAAGAAAAAUUGUCAACUGAUGUUUUUGGUGAAUUUCGCCCUAAGACUGUGUGAAAAAUUCAGAGCAACUGGAGCCCUAGUGCGUUUAUCCACCUUAAAUUCAGCAUAUAUUCUCAAAUAUUGUUGCAUGUUGCAAGUCUUUUCCUUUGCCAGUUUUUAAUAUUUGCCUCUGGAAGCUCAAUUCCAGCCAGAUUGAGCAGAGCUUUCUGCCAGACUGGGACAUAGGUUAUGUGACUUUUUUGUUUGAGACAUACAAAAUCCAGUGACUUGUAGAUGUAAAUUUUUAGUUUGCAUAUUUAUCUAUAUUUUUAUUUUAGCUAGUAGAUAAUUUCCAUCUCCCUUUUUCUUUCCCCUUAAAUAUAAACUAUCAUGCUCAGUGACAUUGAAUAGCCAUCGAGAACUUUUAUUCGAAUUAGGUAGAUCGUGUGAAUCUUAAUCAGUCCUUCUGGGUUGGUAAUAUUUACCCCUUUUGAUGUCAUUUUAUAUAAUAUUUUGUAAUUUGUAUAUUAUAUUUAUAUCUGUAUGUGCAUUGUAAAUCUAAAAUUACAGCCCGAAACAGGUUUUCAUUGCUGCAUGACCAUUCAGAAUAUGCUUAUGAUUUUAAAAAUAGAAAUUCUCAAAUAAUUUUCAGCUCCCAAAUAUGAUUAAAACAUCCCACAACUCAUAAUUAUAUUGGACUAGUAAAGAGUAAAAACAUGUACAUAUCCUCCACACUUAAAUGGAGACUGAAUGAUUCCUGAAAGAAAAUGUAAUUGUGAAUCAAUUUACAAAAAAAAAGUUUUAAAUAACUUUUUUCACAGCUACGCUACACAGAGUGCCUGGCAGGAAGGAGCACUGUGCACCCACCUCCUGCCGGUCACUCUGAUCUAGCGCCCCCCCGGGACUGUGUGCCCUAAGGCGGCUGCUUGUUCCGCCUUAUUGACGUGCCGGCUAGGGAUCGACCGAUAUUGAUUUUUUUUUUUUUUAGAGCCAAUACCGAUAUUCUGUGAACUUUCAGGCCGAUAGCCGAUAUAAUUUGCCGAUAUCCUGUACAUUUACCAUUUUGGAAAAUAAAAACUAUUUCUAAAGGUAAAUGCACAAAAUAUACAUGCCACGUGUAGUGGAUGCAGUGUGUGUUUGUGUAGUGUGUGGGUAGUGUGCGUAAAGUGAAUGCAGUAUAUACUAAAUGCAAAGUGUGUGUGUGUGUGUGUGUGUGUGUAUAUAAUGAAUGUAGUGUGUUUAUAUCAUGCAGAGUGUGUUUGUAUAGUGUGUAUAUAAUGCAGUGUGUUUGUGUAGUGUGCAUUAUAUAAACACACUAUGCAAACACACACUGCAUUAUAUACACACUACACACACUGCAUUAUAUACGCACACUGCAUUAUAUACACACACUACACACACACACACUGCAUUUUAUACACACACUACACAAACACACUGCAUUUUAUACACACACUACACAAACACGCUGCAUUUUAUACACAGUGGGUAUGUGUAUAUAAUGGAGUGUGUGAGUGAGGGGGCAUUUUUUAUUAAAACAUUUUUUUUUUAAAUAUUUAAUUAUUAUUUUUGUUGUCCCCCCUCCCUGCUUGUUGCCUGGCCAGGGAGGGGGGAUAUGACAGUCCCUGUUGGUCCGGUGGCAUUGGCUGAGCUGUGGGGGGGUGGAGAGCAAGCACUUACUCACCUCCCAGCAGCUCCCCAGUGUAACUCUUGCGUGUCGCGCGGAGCGUUGCCAUGGUAAUCCAUGGCAACGCUCUGGCGGCCGCGGGUCUUGCGAGAGUUACACUGGGGAGCUGGAGGAGCUGCUGGGAGGUGAGUAAGCGCUUGCUCUCCUUAUUUUGUGCAUUUACCUUAAUAAAAAAAAAAUUUGCGAAGAAAUAAAAAAAUGUUCAGUUAACAUUUGAUUUGUGUAGAAAUUGUUUAUUUUUUCAAAAUGGUGAAUGUACAGAAUAUCUGCAAAUUAUCGGCUUUCGGCCUGAAAGUUCAGUUUAACCGGUAUCUGCUCUAAAAAUUCAAUAUCGGUCGAUCCCUAAUUAUUAGGCAACAUAUAGAAUCUGGACAUCUUGCAUCAACCUCAAUCUCAAUCCCUGCUAUCAUUGGCUAACAUAGGCAGAUGAGACUUACAGUUUUUAUCUAGUGACAUGACGCAUGGACACAAUGAGAUGUUGGUCCGUUCAUUUUACAUACUUUUUAAAUUUCAACUCCAUGUUUUUCAAUAAUCAAAUGGUUGUUUUUUUUAAUAGUUAUUGUAUAGUUUUUAUUAAGAUCAUACAUAUUGACUCUGCAAGCUCUGUUUAGUUUAAUCAAUGUAGUGUUGCGUGCACUGUGCACUUACUGGGCUUUAUGUAACCCACCUCAACACACUUUUUUUUUUGUUUGUUUUGUUUUUAGCAUAAUUGACAUAUACGAAGUAAGUUAAAGGGAUACCUUAGUCACCCACACCACUUCAGCUAAAUGAAGUGGUCUGGGUGCAAUGUCCCUCAGGUUUUAACCCUUCAGAUGCAAACAUAGCAGUUUCAGAGAAACUGCUAUGUUUACAUUUGGAGUUAAGCCAGCUUCUGGACAACCACUAGAGGCGCAUCUGCCACGCUGGAGGCAUAUUAUACCUCCAUCGCACAGAGCGUCCAUAGGAAAGCAUUGAGAAAUGCUUUCCUAUGGACACUUUGCGCACGUGGCACUUGCCGUGCAUGCGCAUUUGGAUCCACUGACGGCGGGGGAGGACAGGUCACCAGCACCGAGGGUGCCCAGCGCUGGAAUAAGGUAAGCUGCUGAAGGGGUUUUAACCCCUUCAGCGCCACAGGAGGGGAACCCUAAGGGUGGGGGCCUCCUCAGGGCAAUGUAUAUAUAUGUAUAUAUGUAUGUAUAUGUAUAUAUAUGUAUGUAUAUGUAUAUAUAUAUAUAUAUGUAUAUGUGUGUGUGUUUUCAAACACUGUCUGGCCCAAGGUGCAUGUGUAUAAGUGAAGGAUCCUGUCAUAUACUAAAUAACAUGUAAAAAAAAAAUCUAUUUCGGUUCAAAACCUGAUGAGAGGAUUAUUUGAAACAAUAGGUUUUAAGUGACAGUUGUCCUUUAAUAAGUAAAAAGCAGCCAAUAGUAGUUUGCCUGUUAUCAGCCUAUACACAACCCUGUUUACAGUUUUGUGAAUGGCCUCGUGUAUAUUGUGAUCACUUUAACCAGCAACAUUACAUGUGUACAUCUUCAGCACAGAGCUAGAGGCGAGGAGAGAGUUGUGCAUAAGUUAAGUGGAUCCUCGUCGAAGGAUUCCAAGUUCUUAAACCUUUGUAAUGUGCAUAACUUAUAAGAGGCCUUAAUGGAACACUAUAAACACCAUAAACGGUUAAACCGUUUAUGAACAGCUUUACUGCCAAAGUUGUGAAGAUGGCUCCCAUUUGCUUAACGUGCUGGCUUCAGUGAGGUGCCCGGAGUGUUCUUUUAAUUGGCCUUUAAGCUAUAUCCGUUAAAGAUGUAUUAUAGUGUGUGUGUGUGUGUGUGUAUGUAUAUAUAUAUAUAUAUAUAUAUAUAUAUAUAUAUAUAUAUAUAUAUUGUACAAAAUGUUUUCUUCGAAAUGUACUUUCUAAAGUAAUUCACAUCUAACAUUAGAAUGUAUUGAUAUGGGAUGUUGUAGAAAAUAAUUGACCUUUAUGUAUUAUAACCACUGACACGGUGAGUUACCCGAGACGUAAUGACUGCAUUCUGUCAUUGUGUUUCUUUGUUUGAAUCCAUGUUAUUUAAUUACCUCCCUUUUUCUGUGUAUCUCUGUUUUGCUUUUUCUUUUGUAAAUUCUUUGAUCGCUCUGUUUCACAUUUGUUUUUAACUUGAGCCAGCCUCUUCUUCAGAGGAGGUCACUGCUGUUCUCAUUGUCCUGGCAUCCAACAAAGAGGCCAAAGCGGAAGAGAGGCAGGAAGAAAAAAGAAAGUCAUGGCACUGUCUUCAGAGCCGCAAAAUUAAAUAGAGCAUGAUGUCUUCUUAAGGACUGUUUUUCAUAGAGAUGGUUUUCUGUCCUCUACUUUUUUUCUUUCAUUUUUAAAAUGUCUUUCAAAGAUAAUCUAAUCAAUCACUUAAGAUUUGUUUUGUUCUAUUUCUUUUUAAUUGUAUCUAGCAAUUCCUUGUGGACGGUUUAGUUUGAAAUGUCUUUUUUUAGUAAAUGUUUAAUAUUGUUUUUUAUGUUUAAUAGCUUUUUUCACUUAAAGUAAGGUGUCUCACCAUUUAAAUAAUUCUGGAUGUAGUUUUUUAAGUGAAUGUAUUUUUUGAGUUUGAGUCCUCUAUAUUCUGUAUUCUCUGUUCAUCCACCUGUAUUGGCAAUCCUGCAGUACUCCACUGUACGUUAUAAUUUAUAUGUUUUCUAUUUAGAGUUUCUGUUACAGUGUAAAAAGAGAACAUCUUCAGCUCCCUAAACAAUAGCAUAAAGGGGUACUAGUAGGUUGGGCAUGUUUCACGUGAAGCACAUUCUCAACAUUCCCCUCUUUUUUUGGUAAUUAUGUUUUUUAUUUUAUUUAUUUUUUAAUAAAUAUAUUGCAGGGGUCCGCAACCAACUAUACAUGGGCCUUAUAUGGUACGCCCCUUGCAAUUUUCAGCUGCGCAAAGGGGGGUCGGUGCAAAAUUAAGGACCGCAAAAUCUGCCCCAUGCUUUAUGGAUUUCAUAAUGGCAAAGUAGGCACCUACCUAUCAGCACGGAAUGUGCUUACUCUUCCUAUAUAGGAUAUCAUUUGAAGGGUAAGCUGUACACUUCCUGUUUAGUUCCCUUGUAGUAGUGCCAGCAGCUUGGAUGAGACGUCUCUUCAGCCCCCUUUCACAACUGUGGAAGAGAAUAGUGCUCCCAGGAGUCUCAUUGGACCCCACACAUAGGACCCUUACAGUUUUCCCAGCAUUGGCGGAGAGACUGGGUGGACCUCAUAAAAAAACUAAUUUAAAUCACACGUGUCUUUGAUUAUGUAUCUGUUUUAUAGCUACCUAGUUUGCUAUUCUUAAAUAUGGCACUGCUGAAAGAUCAAAAUUAGAAAAAGGUCUUUUUAAAAAAUAUAUAUAUAUUUAUAUAUAUUUCUCAGCUGUUUAGUAGAUAGAUCACAAUAUGGUAUCCUUGUAUAUGGCAAUCCCACAUAAGGAUAUCAAAUUAGAAAACAAUCUACUUUUAUCUUUUUCUUUUUAGCUAUAAAGAUAUAGGCAGCCCUCCAUCCACUUACAGACAUGGCAUCAAGCAUUCAUGCGUAAAAAGGUAGCUGACUCGUGGUCUUAAGGAUCAGUUGUAAUUUUUCUGUAUUCCAUAUAAAACAAAAAAAAAUGUGCAUAUAUAGACUAAAGGUGUGGAAACUGUGUAUAUAUGAAAAAAAAAAUCUACUUGUCCAGACUUGGUCUGACAUACAAUAAUUUCAGAUUGAAAUCGCAGCUUAUAGCCCUGGACAUAGACCAGGUUUCGCAAAUAACUCUGAAUUUUCACAAAUUAGCUCAAAAUAAAAAACUGCGACACAAAAGUGGUUCUGGAAAUAUUGUCCAAAACCGCAAUAGUAACAUUUUACCUUACAUUCAGAUUUAGUUUGUGAAAAUCCAGUUUAGUGUAUAACCCUGAGUGUUUCACCCUCUGUGGGUGUGAGUGAAUGUGUGUAUGUGUGCUGGGUAUUUGGUGUGUACUUGCUUUGUGUAAUGUGUCCUUGUUUCUCUGCCACCAGACCCCCAAUAGUAUAUCUUCCCCAUUCUUUCCAUUAAUGUUGCUGCCUGUAGCCAACAUCAUUAGUGUGCCUGCCUCUAGCCUGUUCCCAUUAGUGCGUCUGCCCCUAACUCACCCCAUCAUUGUCUUUACCACUGCCAAAACUCCCAUUAGUAUCUCUGCAACUUAAUUGCCCCGUACGUUCCCUGCCCCCAGUGCACCUCCAUUAGUGUCUGCCUCUAACCCACCCACAUUAGUAUCACUGCAUCAAUCCUCUCCCAUUUGUGUCUUUGCUUAUAACUCUCUUAGUCAUUCUGUGCAUGAGCUAAAACACUCCCUUAAUGCAUUUGUACAAUUAAAAAGUUAAAGUAGAGGUCAAUUACAUUUGAAAUAUGUAUGCUAACAAUAAUGACUUGGUAUUUAAUUAAUAGGGACUUGGUAAAUAAAAUGAGAGCAAAAAAUACUUCUCUUCUCAUCUUUAUUAACGUUAGAAGGGAACCACCACAUUUCUGUAAAUACUACCGUUGAAUAAAACAUUGAAAAAUCACCUAUAACUUGUGUUAACAUUUUUUCAUUGUUUUUUUUUUUUUUUUUCGUCAUUCUAAAUUUAGAAUAAAUGUUAAUUUACAUCACAAUCCAGUUCACUCAAGGCAUAGCCAAGGCACGCAUUGCAAAUAAGGAAGAGAAAUAGCAACAUGUUUUAGUUUCUACUCCUCUAUGUAUGCUUUCUUUAUGCUGGGUACAAAGGACAGAACUUAUAGCAAUAAUUACAGGGAGUGGAGAUGGUGGUGCCCUGUUGUAGGAUAAAGGAGUGAAUGACUUUUUAUAAUUUUUCAUGUCACAAAUACAUAUUAACUAUACAGGAUAAUAGAUAUAUUAAAGGGACACUAUAGUAACUUGAGCAAUUACAGGUUAGUGUAGUUGUUCUGGUGUCUAAAGCCUGUCCCUGUAGGCUUUUUAAUGUAAACACAGCCUUUUCACAGAAGUUAAAUAAAAGUUAAAAACGGUUUACAAUUAAAUAAUAUAUACUUAAAUCAUACAGUAUAUAUGAUCUAAGUAUAUAUAUUUACACUUAGUGUAUUUUAAUAUUAAUAUAUCUUAAAAUACAUGUAGAAUGAUAUUAAUUAAAUGUAUAGUGUGUGUGUGUGUGUGUGUAUAUAUAUAUAUAUGUUAAAUAUAAUUGUAAAAUGUGUAAUUGUGUAAUCUGAUAUUAAUAUAUAGAUAUAUAUAUCAAAAUUCACUUAGAACAAAAUAAUACAUAUAUCUAUAUAACACUUUGACCAGUGUUUGUAACUAAGUGGCUACUAAAAAAGACUGGACAUACCCCAUUUGCAAAAGUAGACAACCCAAGGUAAUGAAAAUGGGGUAUGCCAUCAUUGGGGUAAUUCUCAUUCCUGGGCUACCAUACAGUCUCAAAGGCAACGUAACCAAUCUGGUAAAUUUCAAUGGGAGAAAAAUUUAAAAUGCUAUAUUUGACCCUGGAACGUCCCAAAACACUAUAAAACCUGUACAUAGGGGGUACUGUUUUACACAUGAGGCAUCGCUGAGUACAAAUAUAAUACUGUUAGCUUUUACUGCAACAAAAUACACAUGACAUUCACGGUUAGAAUGUCAUGCAGAACUAAAUAACAUUUCUUAAUUUCUCACAUUUUUUUAUAUUUUAUUCAUAUUAAAUUGAUUCAUAGCUGAAUAUUUGAUGUUAAAUAAAAGCCCUGUUUAUCUUGAAUAUAAUUAUAUAUAAGAAGUGUGGGUGCACUUGAUAUUAAAGAGGUGAAUUACGGUUGAACAGACAUAUGGUCAAAUUCCAAGUUUUGUUUAAGUUUUAUUUUGAUCAAAACGUGUACAUUUGGCUCAGUCCUUAAGGGCUUAAAAUGACUGCAGAUGGGUAACUCUUCUCCCAGAUGUCACCAAAACUGCCAACCAGGAAGCAUCUGAGAAUUGCUUGAUCUUUAACUUGUGGUGGGCAAUUUUCAGCAUACAAAAUAUACCGUGCUCUAAAAUUAAGUGCAAUGUACUUACAAACAUUUUUUUUGUCAAGUUGUUUGUAAUUAUCUGACCUACAAAAAAUAAUUCCAGAAAUCCUAAUAGGGCCAUUAUCAUGGUAACCAUAGCAAUGUUUCUCACACAGUUUUAGCACAUUGCCAAAGUAAUGCUCUAUAAAUAGCCCUGUGUCUAUUCAGUAUCCACCAGUUAGCAACAAUAUCACCUACUAACGCCCUGAGGAUGGUAAAUGUAUUUUGGGCCACACACACGUUUACAAAACUUAGAUUGUCAGAAUUUCUUAAGCCAUGUUCCCAUAAUUGUUUCAUUCAGCAGGAUCAUCACUACAAAAUAUUUAAUCCCCAAUUUCAUCUUUGAUAACGUUUCUUUAAAUAAUUUUUAAGCCGGUUUGCAGCAGAGUGCUCAAUUUGAGGAUUACUUCUGACAGGUCUAAUGUAAUAUUUAGUAGAAAUAGCUGCAUUUAGAGAAACCGUUUUAAAUGGAAUGUAAAGAUAACUAAUAACUUGCCACAGAAAUAUGGCUCCACGUGAUAUUUACUAACACCGGGCAAUUGAGUUAUGUUAGUAAGUAAAUUCUGAAAUCAACAAUGGUCCCCUCAAGAGAAUUUCUACACAUUCAUGGAAUCUCUGAAUGCUGUGACUGAGUCUAUUAUUUACAGUUAUCUUGACAAUAAACACAACGGAAGCAGUGCAAAAUGACAAGUGUACAUCUUCCAAGAGCGAAAGAAAAAAUGGAAAACUUGGUGUCAAUGGGGAUCGCACCACAGAGCCCAAAGAAUACCUACUUUCAUUGAAUUGUGCAUUUUAAAAUACAAGAUAGGACUUGCCUAAAACUAUCCCGCGUUAUACUGGAUUUCCUAAGAUCUUAAUCUGCCCCUACAAACCAGGAAGUGUUCAAACUGUCAGUUCUUGGUCUCUUACAUUCAUUUAGAACAAAUGUAGGCAACCUUAGGCUCUCCAGAUGUUGUGGGCUACUUCUUCCAUAAUGCUAGCAAAGCAUCAGGGGAUGUGUAGUCCACAACAUCUGGAGUGCCAAAGAUUGCCUUCCACUGAUAUAGAGGUUUAGUGAAUAUUUAGACUAAAUCUUCAAUACCUGUAGUGCAUGUUCAGUUGACACACUCUAAAUUCAGUCUUUUAACACAUCUUUUCGUGAACUCAAGCAUAAAAAAAUGCUUAAAGGAUCACUACAGGGUCAGAAACACAAACCUGUAUUCCUGACCCUAUAGUGUAAAACCACCAUCUAGCCCCCCCUGGGCACCUCAUGCCUCCAUAAACAUAGCAAAAUCUUACUGUAUUCAAGCCUGAAGCUAUAACUCUGCAUGCUGUUUGCCUCAGAAAAACAAGCAGUCUGCUGACAUCAUCAGAAGCGGUAGUCUGAUCCAAUCACAGUGCUUCCCCAUAGGAUUGGCUGAGACUAACAACGAGGCAGAUCAGGGGCAGAGCCAGCAUGAUUCAGACACCGCUCUGGCCAAUCCGCAUCUCCUCAUAGAGAUGAAUUGAAUCAGUGAAUCUCUAUGAGGAAAGUUCAGUGUCUGCAUACAGAGGGUGGAGACACUGAAUGUUUGGAUGCAUUUUAGGCAGCCAUGACCCAGGAAGGAUCUCUAACAGCUAUCUGAGGAGUGGCCAGUGAAGUUAUCACUAGGCUGUAAUGUAAACACUGCAUUUUCUCUGAAAAGACAGAAAGACAGUGUUUACAGCAAAAAGCCUGAAGGUAAUGAUUCUACUCACCAGAACAAAUUCAACUAGAAAAGCUACAAUUUCUGGGGAAAUUGUGUGAAGUGUUCUUGCCUCCACCAGUAGUCUACAACUGGAGUGGGCAGAGUAACUGUUAUCAUUUAUAUAGCACAUUUAAUUGCAACGUUGUUGCACAGUUACAUUAAACCAUACAAUUAUAAAAACAUUAGCAGGUGUACAAAAGGCCCUGUCUAUGACAUCACUUGCUGCUGCAGCCUGGCACAGGUCAGAGUAUUUUGGCGGUUGCCAUCUUCAAACGGUCGUAUUUUAAAAACUAUAAAUCCUACAGCAAAGAGCUUUAUAUUGUGAGAAUCACAAGACCCAGACCUACAUUUUGAUGCAUAGUAUGUCUCUGCAAUAUUAACAAUGAAGGCACAUUCGCAGUUUAGACAUUGCCCUUCAAAUGUGAACUUUGCAGAGUGGAGUUUCAAUGAAUGUCAAUGGACGGCGUGAGUUGCAAACAAAUGGUCAUAUUGUGAAAUCUAUCAGGACUAUGGCUUAGCAUUUAACAUUUCUAGUGGCAGCAGGGAUAGCUGAACAUUUUGAUAUAAGAUUUGUGUAGGUGGGCUUGAAAAUGAGGGAGUGGUGGCAGUUUAGAAAUCAUGUCCUGAUUUUUCAGCUUUUGCCAGCUCCCACUCUAGCUUUGCCAUUCAUUCCUAUGGGACAUAUUUCGCCACAAAAACGACGAUAUUCCGUGAACCAUUCAGCGAAACGUUCCACAAAGUAAUAGCAAUCCGAUCGGGAACAAUCUGCACGUUUUGGUAAAUUGUUGUCUAUGUAGUGUAAAAACUGUGGGAGGAGUUAGGGUGGCAAAUUUGGCUAUAAUAAGAAUAAUAAUAUAUAUGUGAGAUAACAAUAAGUGGUCUUGCUAUGCAAGAACACUUAAUAAGCUGUAGUUGUUCUAGUGACUAUAGGGUCCCUUUAACCCCUUAAGGACCAAACUUCUGGAAUAAAAGGGAAUCAUGACAUGUCACACAUGUCAUGUGUCCUUAAGGGGUUAAUGUUGUGUCACAGGUUCAUUUUAACUCACCCCUCAAUAGACAAAGAUUAUAACACUUAUUGUAGAGAUGAAUUAUAUUUUUGUUUGUCACGUGCUGUAGCUGCUGUGUCAGCAUGAGUCAUCUAGCUAGUGGUCGGCUAUGGAUUUGUCUGGUAGAGAAAACAUACUCCUGCUCUCUGGACAUUAGAUUCCAUUAAGGGGUACAUUUUGAUUCAUUUGGAGUACCAUCCUGUUUUCAGCGAUUGUAUCCAGUGCUAUGUCAUCUGAUGUGUGAUCGUUACUCAGCAGAUAUGAAAUGUUGAUUGGAAUAAAGGGGAGAAAAUACAUUUUCUUCAGUUCCUGUUUUGUGAGCUGGAUCUGGGAUUGGCAUGAAGCAAUGGAGCAAGCCAGAUACAUAGACUUUACAUUUAUUAUAUAGAUAGAUUCCGUUUUUUAUAAAUACGCUACAUUGUGUAGUUGUUUAAAAUUAACUGGAGUUUUUCUUUUACUUUCAGAAGAAGUUGAAGACUGUAAAAGUGGAAGUAUUGACCCAAUAGCUACUGGGGUAUUGUAUUUUUACUUAUUUGAUUUGAACUGUUUUUAUUUUAAGAUGUAUCUGACACGGACUACUAAUGUUGUACAUGUGCGCAGUUGGUUUUGUUUUGUAUUUGCAGUACAAUAAAUAUACUGUCAAAAAUAAAAAUGUGCUUGUUUAUCUGCCAUAUCUGCUCCUAAUCUUCAUCUAGUUGAUAACUAAAGGAUUUUAUGUCCAUGACACCAUAGAAAACCCUAGUAUGCUGAACCAAAUUCUUCACGUUAAAAACUUGAAAAAGGACAAAACUUUGCUACACUGCUGCUUUCUGCUUUAAAACUUAAUAAAACUACAUUGUAGUUGUUCUACACUGCUGUACUAUAAUGUUAGUUUUAUUGUAAUAUGUUGUAGUGAUCCUAAAGGUCUAUACAGCAUCCAUGUUAAUUGUGUACACUAGCCAUAUUCUUAGGAUGUCUGGUGUGGACAGCUUGGUUGAGGUCAUUCUACUGCAUGUGUACGGUGUUAAGGUAUAGGCUCUGAAUGGGCCACUCCACAAGUCGGAUUUUUAUUUUUUAAGCCAUUCUGUAGUGGAUUUACUUCAAUGUUUGGCAUAAUUGUCCGGCUGGAUCACCUAACUUCUACUGAGCUUCAGCUGGCACACAGUCACUCUGAUUUUAUAUUGUAGGUUAUCUCGAUGAAUUUGGGAGUUAAUUUUUUUCUUUAUGAUGGCAAGUGGUCCAGACCCCAAAGCAGCAAUACAGCCCAACAUCAUGAUGCUCUUUCACCUGUACUUAACUCCUUAAGGACACAUGAUGGAAAUAUUCCGUCAUGAUUCCCUUUUAUUCCAGAAGUUGUCUUUAAGGGGUUAACUGUUGGGAUGAUGUUUUCAUGUUGGUAUGCAGUGCCCUUUUAAGCUAUACAUAGUGCUGCGUGUUUUUUUGCAAGCAAGCCUUAGUUUCAUUAAUCUACAAAACAUUUUCGGAGUAGCAUUGUGGAGGCUGUCUCUGGCAAACUUCAGGUGCGCAGCAAUGAUUUCUUUUUGGGGGGAAGCAAUCAUUUUACGACAGGAGAAAUAAUUAAGUUCAGUUUGAUUAAACCACUUUUGUUCAUUGUGUUGAGCUAUUUAUUUUGCUUUUGUUUGAUUUGUUCACUGCAGACAGCUGAAAGUCUGUAAAUUUAGAAAAUAAACCUGAUUUUAAAUUACGGUUGAUUAUAUUUGAUUACAACUGUAGUUGACCCAUUAGUUGUAAAGGAAUACAUAAACAUAUAUUUGACGUUCUACUUUUGUUUGGUUAAUCACUUUUUCGCAGAAGGGUUCGGUAUUUGUGCAGUGCCGGGCAGGAAGACAAAUUGCUUUCAUGUUUUCCUUAUUUGUACAAAGUAGUCGCUGCUUUGUCUCAGUAUAUCUUUUGAUUGGGUUGAAAUUUCAGUAAAAUUCAAUCACCGUUAAUGUGAGUAUUUCAUAAAUAUUUUAUAGUUCUUAAAUACUUGUUUUGGAUAUGGGGUAUGACAUUUUUAGUUAAAUAUAUGAUGUGAUUUUUUUUAAAAACUUAUUUAGCCUUCAGCUUUGUAUGCUCUACAUCAAAGAAUGCAGACUAUAAUAAUAAUUCUUAAUAAUAUUUUUUUUUCCGUCUCUUAGGGCCACUUCUAAUCUGUAACCCCAGGAGUUGGUGAAAAGAAGAGAUCAGCAAGCCAUGUUUUUUUUUGUGUCUGCGUAUAUUUUAAAUUUAAAUGCAGUUACUGUGGUGUAAAGAAUUAACAACUAGAUGACGAGCUGUACAGAUGUCUUUUUGUUUUUUGGAAAUUGGCAGUGGCUUUUUCCUCAUUUUGGUUAAGGAAUUUAAGACACUGGAUAGUGUGAAACAAAUUUCAAACCUGUAUCAUAGACCAUUAAGAUGGACACUCUUAAAAUUCAGAGAUCUUUAUAUUUAUAAACCCCUUGCUCCAGUAAAAUGUGUAGCUCUGUGCGUAGGCUAUCUGCCUCUGAAUGAAUAGGUUUUGUUUUGGUUUUUUUUUUUAUCCUUGUAAAAUAAUUUUAUACUUCCAUGUAUCUUUUAAUGAAGGCUGAUUGAGGUUUGUUUUGAGCAUCAAUGCAUUUUGUGCGUAAAGAUUAUGAAAUGCAGAGUGUCUGUUUACAGUUAAGUAAAGAUUUAACGAUUUUAUGUACAAAGGGAAACCACUAACUGGUUUUUUUCCAAUUAAAUCUCCAUGAGUAAUUAUCAAAA